UGGAGGGAGGAGGAGGAGGAGGAGGAGGAAGACGGCGUCUCCUGGGUCGGGUCGGGCCAGAUAUGGACCAUCUGUGACCUCACGGGGUCAGGGGCGAGAGGUCAAAGCUUUAGGGUCGACAGACACACUUCACAUCACAUGACGCGGUGCUCGCUGCUUACUGUUGGGACCGCUAAAGGGGGAGAGGAGACAGGUAUAGGGGGGAUGGGUGGGUUUCAAUAGUCUAAACAAGAUAUGUGAGAGAAGUCACCUAAGGACACAUAAGCCAGACAUAGAUUCAUUAAGACUAGUUCUGGACUAAAAAGCAUUCUCUAUGGAGCCUCUGUGUCUGGGAAACUGGCCCUAUGGGUGGAUCUCAAUAGUCUAAAGAGGCUUCCUCUCCUCGUCUCCUUUCCUGCAAACAAUCAAACAACCUGGGGUGUAUUCGUUAGUCCACACCGUAGGAAGACAUUUUGCAACGGAAAAGGUUUUGCGACCAAAAAUUGAGUUUCUAUUGGACAAAUUAAGUCCCUCCCUGUUUGCUUCUGUUUGCUUCUGUUUUCUUCAGUUUGGUUCCUAGUGAAUACACCCCUGGGGAAUGCAGCAGACACCUGAUUGGAUUUUACACAUUUUACAUUGAUUUACUUCACUUUGACAAAUGCUGUGUUUUCAGAUCAGACCAGAAGAAGGAGAGGAGACAGGGUGAAGACUAUGGAGACCCACCCAUAGAGCGUAUGGCUUAUGUCCUUAGGUGACUCCUUUUAACGCUCACACAGCACUCCAAAUAUAGAUAGAUACGAUGCAAUGUCAAGAGCACAGCCAUUAAUAUAUAUCUAUAUGCCAAUAUAUGGCCCUGGUAUAGAGGAGAGGGAGGCAUUUAGAUAUGUUAUGGCUACUGAGAUCCGCCUCUAGAGUGUGGCUAUGUCCUUAUAGGUGGCCCAUAUAGUUUUAUAAAGCGUUCCUGAUAUAGAUAAGAUUUAUAGGGAGCCAUUUUAGACUAUUGGGCUCCACCCAUAAGGCUUAGGUGACUCCUGUCCCACAGCGCUCCACUAAGAACAGAUACCAUGGAAUGUAUAAAACAACAGAAUGGAAUGUAUAGAAUGAAUGAACAUACACACCAGGGUUUCCGUUAGCCGAUAAUAGCCGGCUUUUGGAUGAUAAAAAAAACGGAAAACCUGAUAUAUAUAUAUUUUUAUUCCGCCUAUUCAUUAAUGGAAAUACCAGUCGUUGGAAAUACAUUUGACCGGUCAUGCUUAUCGGUCUAUAGGUUAAUUUGCAUAAUUUAGUGGAAUUAAAUUGUCACUAUUUUAUCACACGCGCACAGCAAACAGAUACAGAAACAGAUACAGAACCUGGAGCUGAAAACCUGUCAGACAGCGAGAGAGCUGCUGCUACAGCAUCUCAAACAGCUCGUUGCUGCUGGAGUGAAACAUGCGUUUAUAAGCCCAAUCAUUGCGCAACUAUUCUAAAUACAAGUGUGUGUUAAAAACAGUUUUGAUUACCACGAUUAAAAAGAGCUACUAUUUUUAUUUCUCAACUGGUAAUUGAAGCCCGCUUCCCAUUCACCAUUCAAGUGCAUAGGCAACGAUAGGCAGGCUUCAGCGCGUCACACCACUUUGCAAUGAGCUGGAGGUAGAAUGCAUUUUGAAAACAUAUUCUUAUUUGUUUGAAACCUGAAAGUUUUACUUCAUAUUAUGAGGCAUGUCUUACCUUGCUUCAAAGUAGCCUGAUCAAAAUCUGACCAUACAAAUGUGGAGGCAAUUAUUUUAUAAAGACUUCCAUAUUGCCCUUUAUCAACAAGCUAAACGUGUUGAUCUGUUGCAUCAGCCUCAUUGCUUUUUGAAGUUUAUUUUGAUGUAGCCUAGGCCUACUGGUUGUAUGAAUUUGGGAUCUAUCUUCCCACAACUGUCCCAGAGUCUGUUUGGAAUAGGCUAUUUCUUUCUCGACAAGCUGACCAAUGGAAUAGUUUCACUUUUCUACUAUGGGGGAUAGUAGAUUGACAUAGGCUAGUGAUUUUGCUGUUCGUUACUCGUCUUGUGGGCUGAGGAAAAGUAAAUGUGGACAGUUAUUCUAACAUCUUCAAAGUGUGCAUCAGAAUUUGGUAAGAAGGAUGAGCGCCAUUGCAUCCUCGAGUUGCAUGCUCUGUUCAAAUUAAUUACCAUAAUCUAAAUGUGAUUUCUGUCAUGCUGAGCACCGUGGGUAGACGCCCUGACCCAAUACAUAUGGGCCCGGUACAUUUCUCAAAUGUUCGGUAAAUUAAAAUGCUACCGGUCAAAUGUCCGGCGCCACAUUUUCCUGAAGUGGCACAGACAGACAGGAUAAUAAUCUGAGGUGUUAGUGAUAUAGCAGCUAUAAGAACAGAUCAAGGAUCAGUCCACCCUGACCGCAACACAGGUCACCGCUGACCUUAGAGCUGUUCUUAAGGAACAACAACAACAACAACAUCAUGCUACACUGCUGCUAAACUGACCUAAGUUUCCACACACACACACACACACACACAUGAAGGAAUGAGGAAACAAAGUGUGUGUGUGUGUGUGUGUGUGUGUGUGUGUGUGUGUGUGUGUGUGUGUGUGUGUGUGUGUGUGUGUGUGUGUGUGGAAACUAAGACAGGCUACAGCUGUGGAAGAUUCUGAUGUGUUGACAUCAUAUAUGUUCUGUAGCCAUUAGCCAAUCCAGAGUCACCGAGGCCGUUUCACCUCCCCCAUGACCCCUGUACUAUUGACACGAUGUGGUUCAUGCAGUGUCUCCAUUUAACCUACUGUCGCUGUACCUCAAAUGUGUUGUGGUGACUGCCGAUGCCGCGUACUGUUAGUCUGCAUCCCAAAUGUGUUGUGGUUACUGCCGAUGCCGCGUACUGUUAGUCUGCAUCCCAAAUGUGUUGUGGUGACUGCCGAUGCCGCGUACUGUUAGUCUGCAUCCCAAAUGUGUUGUGGUUACUGCCGAUGCCGCGUACUGUUAGUCUGCGUCCCAAAUGUGUUGUGGUUACUGCCGAUGCCGCGUACUGUUAGUCUGCAUCCCAAAUGUGUUGUGGUUACUGCCGAUGCUGCGUACUGUUAGUCUGCGUCCCAAAUGUGUUGUGGUUACUGCCGAUGCCGCGUACUGUUAGUCUGCAUCCCAAAUGUGUUGUAGUUACUGCCGAUGCCGCGUACUGUUAGUCUGCAUCCCAAAUGUGUUGUGGUUACUGCCGAUGCCGCGUACUGUUAGUCUGCAUCCCAAAUGUGUUGUGGUUACUGCCGAUGCCGCGUACUGUUAGUCUGCAUCCCAAAUGUGUUGUGGUUACUGCCGAUGCCGCGUACUGUUAGUCUGCAUCCCAAAUGUGUUGUAGUUACUGCCGAUGCCGCGUACUGUUAGUCUGCAUCCCAAAUGUGUUGUGGUUACUGCCGAUGCCGCGUACUGUUAGUCUGCAUCCCAAAUGUGUUGUGGUUACUGCCGAUGCCGCGUACUGUUAGUCUGCAUCCCAAAUGUGUUGUGGUGACUGCCGAUGCCGCGUACUGUUAGUCUGCGUCCCAAAUGUGUUGUGGUUACUGCCGAUGCCGCGUACUGUUAGUCUGCAUCCCAAAUGUGUUGUGGUUACUGCCGAUGCCGCGUACUGUUAGUCUGCAUCCCAAAUGUGUUGUGGUGACUGCCGAUGCUGUGUACUGUUAGUCUGCAUCCCAAAUGUGUUGUGGUGACUGCCGAUGCCGCGUACUGUCAGUCUGCAUCCCAAAUGUGUUGUGGUUACUGCCGAUGCCGCGUACUGUUAGUCUGCAUCCCAAAUGUGUUGUGGUUACUGCCGAUGCCGCGUACUGUUAGUCUGCGUCCCAAAUACACCCUAUUCCCUAUUUAGUGGCUGAUCACUAUGGAGCGAUUUCAGUUCCAAAAGAAACUGUAUUUGAAUUCAAUAGAUAUUGUAGUUGAAUUAGAUAUUAUUUCAUUUGUAAUGCUCAAAUUGAAUAAUUGAAUGAAUGCAUUUAACUUGUAUUUAAUUAUUUGAAACUGAAAUGAAUGAAUAUUGCAUUCAAUUUUAAAAUUCAAUUUCUAGGUAUUUGAAUAUUCAAAUGCAAUAUUUAUAUAUUCAGUUUCAAUAUGGUAGAUAUUGCAUUGGUUGUCUGUGUAUCAGGUUUACAAACUAUAAAUUCAGAAUUACCAUUCAACUUCUUAGACGCAUUCAGAUUACGUUUUCAAAUUCAGUUCUCUAAAUUCAGAUUCAAAACCAGAGACACCAUCCCGGUACUUUGCCAGCCAGGAAAGGUAGAGGAGAACAGAUAGAAUCAAACGCUCUCUGUGGUAAACAGAAGGUAGUGGUAUGAACGGAGGGGUUUCUGGCUGUUUUCUGAAGCCAAUGUGACAUGUUGAAUGUAUUUUCUUCCUAUGAACUUGGCUCUAGCGUUUGAACGGUUUGGGCUAUAAGCUAUUAUGACCCCAUUUCUGAAAGCUAAGACUCUCUGGAACAUGGACUUCUGUUCACUUCUAUGGUGAUCACAGGCCGCGCAGGACACGUUAGCAGGGAGUGUGACAACAACUGAAAUUUGGCCCCAUAAGAAUAGAAUUGAAUAGCCUUGUCAUAGUUCUUCUAAGGAUAGCUUUCCCACUCCCUAUUUCAUCUUGCUCUUGUGACUGACUGGGUGCGAACCGGGUCUACUGCAUGUCACAAGACUGGGUUAUCCCACUUAGCUAAAGCCCAUAGGGAUGAGUUCAAUUCGUGAAUUCAAUGGUUCAAUUUGUGCAUUACAAAUUCAAGAAUAUUCCAUUCAAAUUCAAUAUACUGAUACAAAUUCUAAAUGAUGGAAUUCAAAUAGAAUUUCUGUUGCCACUGAAAUCGCUCCAUAUAUGGGCCCUGGUCAAAAGUAUUGCACUAUAUAGGGAAUAGGGCGCCAUUGCUAUAGUAGCCUGGAUAUUAAAACAACGCAUGUGUUUUGGCUAGCUACCUACUAGGCUUCAUGGGGUAAUUAACUGCCUGUACUGUAGCCUAGAAACGUUAUACAGUACCAUAGAUUAGUGGAUCUCAAAAGAUCUCCUCAGGGACCUCCAAGCCGUUCCAAGUAUUUGAUCUAUUUCAGAGCUAGCACACCUGAUUCAACUUGUCAACUAACCAUCAAACCCUUGACUACUUGAAUCAGGUGAUCUAGUUCAGGGCUACAAUGGAAUUGUAAAACGUAUGAGGUUCCCCGGGGAGAGGUUUGAGAACCACUGCCCUAGAUAUAAAAGUAUAGUGUGGUUCCUGCCUAAUACUAAUCCUAAUCCUAACUGUAAACUGCUCUGGAUAUGAACGUCUGCUAAAUGACUAAAAUUACUCAAAUGUCAAAUCGAAUGCCUACGCUGCAAUGCAUAAGCACCUAUAGCCUACCACAGUAGUCUGGAUAUAAAAACAACAAUCUAUUAAUCAUUUAUGGAGUGUUGAUAUAACUUAGACUGAGUCCAAAGGCCACUGGUGCGAGCCAACCAGGUCAUAAGCACAGCCUUACUGAGACAUUCCAGCCUGGACACUGGGACCCUAUUACCUAUACAAAGCACUACUUUCGACCAGGGCCCAUAGGGCAUGUUCAAAAGUGGUGUACUACAUAGGGAAUAGGGUGCCAUUUGGGACGCAACCUGAGGCUCCCAUAGGUUCCCAUAGGGAUAGAUCUAGGAUCAGUUCAGCAUCUAACUUAAAACCCAAACCGGGUAGGUGUGUCCCUAAGGGGUCAGUUUAAAUUUCCCCUAAAUGCCGAUCUUGGGUCAGUUUUGCAUCCCCCCCCCCCCCCCCCCCCACUAAUGGUUAAGAUUGGGGGAGAGGAAGCUGAUCCUAGAUCGGUACCUAGGGGAAAACUUCACCCCAGAGCCCUAAUGAGGGUUGAUGAGAGAGGGGAAACUUAAAACUGACCUUAGAUCAGUGUCAAGGGGACAAUUUAUCCUAUUUCUGAAACAACGCUCCAGGUAGACUUUGCCCCUUAGGGACAGAUAUAGGAUCAGUUUACCUUCCCCAAGACCCUAACCUUCAACAUGAAGAGGUGGGAAUAAAAAACUGACAUUAGAUCCGUGUCUAGUGCCUAGAGGCUACUUAAACCUAUAUCCGUAAAACAACAGCAGUACAUGAAACGACCAGAAGGACACUCUAAUGACCCAGUCAAAUGUGACCCGUUUCAGGAAGCUAGCCGUAUGUCGCAUGACACUACUUCACAGGAGAGGCAUUUGAACUUAUUUUUUAAAUGAUGAUUAAAAUACAUUUUUGGGGCAGAAAUGCGUUCUGGAACAUGUGAACUUUCAUGUGCCUUAAUAACAAUGUGCCUGUAUUCCAAUGUGCCUGUAUUCCAUCGGUAAAUACAAGUAAAAUUGUUAAAUUACGAUCCUAGUUGGUUUAGCCACGGAAAAAGACAGGAACCUUCCCGCUAGCCAUGAUUGGCUGAGAUAAUGGAUGGGCUGGACAUGCCGGGAGAUGAGUUUGGAUUGGUCUGCCAUGUAGCAUGCUUCUGUUUAUAACGUGAGCUGCUCACUAUGUGUUGAUAAUCCUUUGUACCGCAGAUUUUUUGAAAGAUAUAACGUUACCUAUCGAGAACUACAAAAGUUUUGCUACUUUUCUCAACAACAUUGAUGCCCUGGAUUUAGCAGGCGCUAUCUGCAGAUCAGUUGGAAAAAGUUGUGAUGGGCUACUUUCUGCACACGCCACGGUCAGUGUGAACUGAGUGACUUGACACAACGCUGGCCAAACAAGAUGUAGCUACAAACAAAACGGUGUUAAAAGGUUCCAGUCUGCCGUGAAGCAUUCAUCCAUGUAUACGUACAGGUAAGAGUCUAGCUACAUUUUCAGAUAUUAUACGUUUCUAAUAUGGUCAGAAAGUAAUUUUCAUUGCAAGUUAAAGCGUAAUGUUAGCUAGCUAGCGAGCGUUAGUUUGCUGGCUCGCUAGCUAACGUUACGUGUAUGAUCUAUGAAGUAAUAUUAUUAGAAUCAGAAAUCCAUUUGCAUUGCUAGUUAUAGCCUAACGUUAGCUAGCUAACAUUGAACCUAGUUGGUUAGCUUUAGCUACCUGCAGAUUCAUACUACAGCUAUGACAAUCAGUUUGUAUUGGUGGUAGUAGUAUGAGUUGGGAUUAUGCCGGUUCAUUGUUUAGCUAGCUAGCUACAUGUCUAAACAAAAGACUCCACGCCAGAUGAUUACAUGACCCAUCAAGUUAACCAGGUGUAUCUGGGGGUCAUUACGGCCAUCCAUUGUAUUUCAUGAACAUGUGUACAUGUCUAGACAAUAGUGACCCAUCCACUUAGCUAGAUAUGGCUGGGGGGUGGGUAUAGCAUUUAUUUCACAUGACCCAUCAAUUUAGACAAGUGUGUCUGGGGGAUAAUUAUAAAAAACGUUCUGUUUUUGAUAUUGCUACUAUGCAAAUAUGCAAGUAACCAUUUCACUGUACCGUAUUACACAUUCUGUAUCCUGUGCAUGUGACAAAUAAACUUUGAUUUGAUUUGAUAUAGUGUGUGUUUACCAGAGAUGGUAAUGUGGAGAACAACAUGACCUGCACCAAAGUCUGAUUAGGAUAUAGGUCAAGGACUAGAUAUAGUCUAUUUUUACCUGGAGUUUUUCCUUAUUGUAGGCUGCUACUUUUUCCACAUUCAGUCUUGAAAUCUUUGGUUGUUUACUACACUACUCACUCUGUUUAGCACAUGGCCUCACAUGUGAAUCCUUAAAGAGAUGGGUGGGGCUAAGGCUUUAGAGGGUGUGAACGAUGCUGAAUGGGUGUAGACAAAGAAGAGCUCUCCAGUAGGUGUACCAAAAUAUUCAAGAGCCAUUUUCUCAAAAGUGGGAUUAGAAAAAGCUUCCAAAGCAGAAUUACUUUCCCAUUGUUCCUCAACUGCAGUGUAUAAUAUAAAAUGUUCUAACUCUGAGUCUCUACUUUUAUCCAAUGUAAAAAAAAAUAUAUAUACAUAUAUAUAUAUAUAUAUCCAAAUUUGCUACAUAAGAUUUGUCCCGGUGGUGGGUCACAAAUGAAGACAACACCAGGGCCUGUAUUCAUAAAGCGUCUCACAGUAGGAGUGCUGACUUAGGAUCAGUUUAGGCUUUUAGACCAUACUGAAUAAGAUACCCCAGUAGGCUACUAUAAAUAAAUAACACUGUAUAGGGAUCAGGUAAGGUUAUUAUCAAGGUUCCCAUCUCCUUGAAGCUAUUAAAAGGUUAUGGGCCCUAUUGGCCCUGGUCAAAAGUGCACUACAUAGGGAAUAGGAUACCAUGUGGGACACAACCCCAAGAGGACAAGACCAGUAGGCUAUAGGCUACAAAAUAACACUACAGCUUAGGGCAGUGGUUUUCAAACCUAUCCUCUGGAAUCCACGACAUUUCACGAUUUUUGUUGUAGCCCUGAAGUAGCUCACCUAAUUAAGGGCUUGAUGAUAAGUUAUUAUUAUUAUCAAGGUUCCCAGCCAUUCCCUUGAAGUUAUUAAUAGGUUAUGUAUUAGGCCUAAUAUAGCCUAUAUAACUGUCUAUGAGACAAUGCCGCAACGUAAACAACAUAUUGUAUUGUGUGCGUGGAAAUACCCGAUCAGGGUGGUUACUGAAUGGUGGACUAGUCUACACCCGACCUUGGCCGACCCUGAACAGAAUAUAGGCUACACCAUAUCACUAGAGCAACAACAUAUACGACCUUGGUGUGAUUUUACACGUAUUUAAUGUCUCGGAGGCCUGGAGAAUAAUAUAGGUCAAAAGGCAGAGUGACAUAUUGGAACAAGCCACAUAGCCUGUACUCUAUAGGCCUACAAUAACUGGACCACACACAUAUGCUAUGCACUUUAGACAAAAGCUCUCUAUAGCCUACCAUUAGUAGGCCUACUAAUAACAUAAUACUCUCUACAUGCCACUCUAUAGGUUGCAUAACACGUUAUAUAGACUAAACAAAAAGCGUGAAUAAUAAGUAGGUUAGACAUUUACGCAUUUAAUAAAAGUGUCAAAAAAGUGCACCUUCUAGUCCAGACAGCUCGUGAUGUCAGCGUGGAACCGACCGACUCGCGUGCACCGAGUAGCCUACAGUGCCACGAGAGGAGACGGUUGGCCAGCCGGAUCAGUGAGACUGUCUGGAAAGCCAAUUUGCCAAAUUAUGUCCGACGCACGCAGUCUAUUUGUCUGGGGAAAUCAUUUAAUUUAUAAUGUUCAAUUCCCAUCUUAACGGAUAUUACUGGAAUACUUUUGAUGAUAAGGUGGUUUGUUUUAGGACUAACUGAUGCCCCAGCUUUCGCCCCAUCUCUCUCUCUUUCUUUCUCUUCCCUUGUUUAUUUACCCCUGAAUUAAAGAUAAACAAACGAACCUAUUUCGUUCUCAUCACCUCAUCCCAACGAUAAACCCCCUCAUAAUAACCCCCAACAUGUGAACUUGGGGCAGCGUCUUGGUCUCACGGUGGUCUGGUCUGACUGCACCGCUGGAUAAUCACCGCACAACAACAAAGAUAAAGAACCGUCUAGAGAGAGGAGGGUGCUAUGGCAGACAGCAGUGUCCCGCAUGGCAUGAGAGCGAGUGAGGGAGAGCACACGAUCACACGACCCUCAAAACCCGAUGGCUGCGCUCAAGCAAGGCAUCUCACAUCGCCAACAAUGUUUAAAAUGUUUAUAAAAUCUCCAACAUACCGGGUCAAUCUGAUAAAACUCGAUUUUACAGACAAUGAUAAUCCCAAUAUUCUCGCGCACCGCACACCAUCCACAAAAAUAAAUUUGGGGCGCAGCUGGCACCAUGCAACGCCGGAUGUCCAUUAUUAAUUUUUAAUACCGCACAAAAAGCCAGAUUUAGAUAGCGUGUGGAGUGGCUUCGCACGCAACAAUGUAGCCUAAAUUACAGUCUACAUACUUUAUAGCAAUGACCAAAAAAAACGAAUAUGUUGCGAGUAAAAUAUUUCGAUAUAAAAGAAGUUACCUCGUUUCCCCUCUUGUCAUUUCCUCCACCUGACUGUGCAGGCUACAGUAGCCUAACCGACUCGAAUAUGACAGAUAGUGACAUUAGCCUACAGCCAAAGUUGAAAGGGUUUUCAGGAGAUCGAAUAGCAUGCACCGCUCUCAAGAUGCAGUUGAACCCUCCUCCCCAAAUAUACUCUGUAUCGGUUCUCCUAAAAAUCAUUUAACAAAAUAAUAGCGCAAAUACUUAGCCGAACUACGAUGUAAGGCCAAGAGGGGAUAACUACCAACUUCAGUAAAUUACAAAGCUAAAGUGAGGUGACUAGCUACAUAGCUAUACCUUAUUAGGUUUCGGUCUUGUCCCCUUGAAAGAAUCCUCUCCAGACAAGUAGGCUACAAGGUUACCAACCCACACCAGUGUAAAAUUUCUGCCUUGAGCCUUAACCGCUCCAAAGAUUAUUACGCAAAUCCAAGUGUGAUAAUACGGCGACAGUGAUAAUACAGCAAACUCAUUAUUUAUCCUCACAUAAAGGAAGUUAGUUUCAAACAGCUGGUGUCGAGCUAGUCCAUAGUUGAUCAAACGGGGACAUCAAGGCUGUACAGGAUAAUGUCUGAUCCAAAACAGAACAGAUUUCGAAAUGAGACCAGACACAAUGAAAAUAUCUUGAAUUAUUGCCUCCAUCAUGCCUGGAUAAACCUAAUUCUAUUUUCUAGAAGCUCAUAAAUAACUUACACAUCUCCACGGAGCUGUCUAACCCCCUUACGCAUCACAUGGUGUCGCCCGUAUGACUCACAAUUAAAAAAGAGCACACUGGUAGCCUACUUUCAAUUUUUCGGUGGAAUGAUAACACUUUAGUUUUCUCAUCCGCUUUUUGGCGGGGAGAGGGGGCGUGGGCAUUGUUCCGAGGACGUUAUAUGUUUUGUUAUUGUGUAUACAUGUUAAUGGAUAGGAUAGAAUACACACUCGGUUACAUUUGACAUGGCCUCCCCUUAAAAGCGAAAUGACCGACACACGCGCGCUCCGCUCGCGGAGCAAUGGAGAAAAACUCCUGAUGCAAAAUGGAAACUGUGUCGACGGGUAAACACAGGCUCUCGGUGCACGAGGGCAUACGAGUUCACCGCAGCGCUCAAUUCUAGUGGGCGAGUUCGUUUUGGAAGGCCCGGUGUCCCGGUUGCAGGAGUUUGUUCAUUGUAGACUACUCCAUUGGUCCUUAAGUGACAUCUUCACGCACCCGAGGCACCGGGCCAUGCAAAACGAACUUGCCUAGUGAAAACGGAUAUGGCUGGCUGGGGGAUCGACGAAACGCAACGUCAGAGCUGGGGCGGGUUCAUGUGACCCAUCUUUAGGACACGGUGAAGAAUGAGGGCCUGAACCGGGUGAACCGCACGACUACUUACUGUACCGGGGGCUCUAGCCUGCUUCCUGCCGCGCCGCUCUAUAGGCAGAUAAUUACAUGAAAUCCGAGAAUAUAGGUCAGAUUCCUAUUAAAAUGUAAUGGAAAAAGAGUGGCUAGCCUAGCUAUCCUACUCUGCUACAUGCAGGCCUAUAUCACACUUAUAAGGAGCCUAGGCCUACAGAAAGUAAACAUAUGUUAAUUUUCUAUUCUUAAAUCUUAAUGUUACACAAAAGUAGGUUGGCACUUGCCUGUGUGUGCGCAGGACGUCAAGUUACAUUACCAUGAAUAAUACAACAGCUUAGUGUAGCUCAGUUGGUAGAGCAUGGCGCUUGCAACGCCAGGAUUGUGGGUUCGUUUCCCACGGGGGGCAGUAUGAAAAAAUGUAUGCACUCACCAACUGUAAGUCACUCUGGAUAAGAGCGUCUGCUAAAUGACUAAAAUGAAAAUGUGGCGAGAGAGAGAGACAGAAAAUGCGAGUGUGCGUUUGUUUGUGAGCGAGAGGGUGUGUACGUCCGUGUGUGUGUCCAUGCGUACGUGCGUGUGUGUGUAUGUGAGAGACACAUUGAGAGAAAGCGAGAGCGAGUGUGUACACGUUCUUGUGUGUACGGUAUGUCCUCUCCCAGUACUCUCCCAGAUAUAGGCCACAGUAUAUGACACAUUCCAUAUGCAACGGAGAGAGCAACGCAGCUGACAGAGAAUGAUCACAGACAUUUUAAUCCAAUCACUGAACGAGCCUGUCUGAACCAUAUAUAUUCUAGAGUGUAUAGGUCUGUGUUCUGAUUCCAUCUCUGUGGCCAGAACUGUGGAACACGGUAACUAUGGGACACCAAGGCCAUUUAUUCUGUUGAUAACAAUAGUCAUAGUCCAGGUGGGUAGUUGUUAAAAAUGAGACAGAGAGGUUUAGACUAUUGAAAGUGUGUGUGUGUGUGUGUGUGUGUGUGUGUGUGCCUGUGUUUGUGUGUGUCUAUGUGUGAGGUUGUUGAAGGCCAAAAAGGAAUUUCAAACUAAAAGCUUUCCUCCGCUGUAGCCUAUCUACUGAUCGUCUACAGUUCAUCACAUUUGGUCCUGUAUCUUCUUCAGUCUUCAUUAUCUGUAGGGUGCCGUUUGGGAUAUGGGGAUUUUCUGUCAGCUUCACAGCAGCAGGCCUAUGAUGUUGUGUAAUCAGAAUUGUCUGAUCCUAGAUGAUGAAUGAUAUCUGUAAUUUUAUGUAACCCUGUAAUCCCUCAUCCACCUGUUGCACAAAUGGCUCAAUUGUUUCCCCCCCCCCCUCUCUAUAGCCUAUAGGCUAGUCGUUUUCUAUAGCUAUAGCCUUAACUCCAUUUUAACUAUCUAAACGUCCAUUGUAACUCCAUUCUAACUGUGUAAAUGUCAACUUUAACUGUACAAAUAUGGUAAGACACUCACAGACACAGACACAAUGACAUCUGUGUUUGUCAGUGUGUGUGUGUGUCCUUUUUACAAAGGUAACUAAUACAGAGGGCCUAUUAUCUAAAGGUCAAGACCUCUACACAUUCUCUCUCUCUCUCUCUCUCUCUCUCACACACACACACACACUAACACAUACACACACUCAAAGGUGGCGUUCAUCCCGCAUAAACUCCUUUAACUGGUUCCUCCAGGUUAUGUUACACAUUAGUCCGAGUAGGAAGUCGUAUGUUCGCAAUGAAUGGUAAAGAACAGUCCUCAUAAUAUCAGGUGUAUGCAUGCAUACCUGUGUGUGUGUGUGUGUGUGUGUGUGUGUAACAGAGACAAGUGUCAGGUGCAGGCUGAGGAGGAUUCAGAAGGAGACAAGACACAGUGUACCAGACACUGAAACAGGGAUUUUACUAAGGGAUUCACAUGGACAAUGUCACUGUAUACACCUACACAUUAGAUCACACUUCCACAACGCCUGAGUCAGACAAGUCUUUUUCCAGUGUCACAAACACACACAUCUUUACGUGCAAUACGUUUCCAUGGUGACCACAAUGAACGAGCUGUUGUGCAAGUUGCAACCUAGGUCUAGUGUUCCUAAUAAUGGACCUAGGCUUCCACAUAUCCACAUAUCUACACAGCUGGAUUAUAUAGAACAGUUUUCUCUCAUGUAAACCAUGCAAACUGAUCUAUUCAUGUUAGCCCUGGGCUGAAUCAUGUCUACCUCAGUUAGCGUCCUAAAUGACACCCUAUUCCCUACAUAGUGCACUACUUUUGACCAGAGCCCAAUGGGCCCUGAUCAAAAGUAGUGUGCCAUACAGUAUAGGCAAUAGGGUGUCAUUUGGGACGUAGCCUUGAUCUAUCACUGUUGAUCCCUCUGUAAACCGCCCCGCCACCACAACUAUCAAGAAGGCUUAAAGGAAAAUAGAACAUAAUUUGGUCUUUCUCAAAAGUAGCUGUAUAUUGAUGUAUCUUUCUUGACUUUUUGGCUGAGCUGAGGAACAAGCUGUCUCAGAGAUAGGUGGCCCUAACCUGGUCCCAGAUGUGUUUGUGCCAUUUUGCCAACUCCAUUGGUGUCAUUUUCAAGCCAAACAUGUUUAGUAUGACAGUGAAUGACAAGGAGUUGGCAUGAUGGCACAAACAAGACUGGCACUCAGGCUAAGAUGGCUUCUCUCUGGGUGGGGGGGGGGGGGGGGGGUUGUUGUGGCUGGCUGGAGCUGAGGUGCCUUCCUACAGAAAGCACCACACAUCGUUUACACAAGAGGGGGUAGAGUUUGAUAGCAAGCACCUGCAGGGUUUGGGCUCAAUUCAAGUUUAACUCAAGUUUAUUUAGGAAUGGAAAUGUUUCAGUUUUGAAUUAGGAUUUUUCAGUUAAUUUUAUAGGGACAUUUCCAUUCAAUUCCUGAAUUGAUAGGAGUUAGUUGUUGAAAUGGAAUUGACUCCUCCAACCCUGUCCCUGCUGCAAGACUAGUUGUCCUGUGGUCGACAACAAACACUGGCUGUUAUUGUGAUCAUGAUCACCAUGAUAACCAAACCAGGAGGACCUAGGGUUGAACAAUUCUAGGACAUUUUCCCAAAUUCCCAAGUUUUCUAGAAAUCCCAGUAGGGAGAUUCUUGGAAUCAAAAGGGAAUACGUAGGAAAUCUGGGUAUCCUCCAACCAGGAUUUCUGACCAGGGAAUUUGGGAAAAGUUACUGGAAUUUUGCAACCCUAGGAGGACCAUAACGAUCCCGGAGAGCGACGAUGGGAAAGGAGAGAGGAUAGCGUAAGGAGUUGUACUGGUGGUUGACGCGCUUAAAAUGGAGUGGGGCUCUUCAGUGUAGUUUCUCAUGGCCGUCGGCCAGCCAACCACUCCUGGUAAUGUACUAGUAUUUACACACAGAAUGACUCAACAAUAAUCAUCAUAGUAACAUAAUACAGACACUGCCUCCACAUAACAUAACAGUCAACUUAUGUAAGAGCCAGGAUGUCAGUAAAAAAUCAAUACUAAACUUAAAUGAAGACUUUCUGAUAAUAAUAAUAAUAAUAAUAACAACACAAUGUACAGGAAAUGUAAACAAUAACAAUAACAGGUCAACUUAAACCUCAAAGAUGCCACGUUUUAACUGUAGCUAGAGAUGCGAGAGUGACAUCUAUGUGCUACCUGAUAAUAUCAAGUUUGUCAGUGUGAGCUAUGCCUUCCAGUGCAUUAUCAAAACAAAUACAUUGUUAUUCUCAAAUAUAAUAACAUAUCUCGCAUGUAAGGAUUAUAUGUAACAUAUAAAAUGAUAUUAUAUCAUUUGAUAUUCCAUAUUACUUUCAUACCUGCUAUCCAAUAAAUAUAAUUAUGCAUGCAUUCUACAACACGUUGGAACAUCAGCAGCAUGAUGACAUACAUAUAUGUUUCGUAUAAUCCUUACAUUUAUAGUGUCAUAUACUUUUCUAUCUACGAAGUAUUAUACAUUACUUAUCUAUAUUCUCACAGAUUUGAUCCCAACAUUAGAACAUGAUUGUUUAAGAUUCUCUCCCAUCUGACUUGACUGCUGCAGGUUCCGAUGGCGAUGCACAACAUUCUGACAACGUUGCAGUGACGUAAGAAAGACAUUGGGAUGGAGGGAUGUAGGAAUGUAGCCGGGGAGGUAAAGAGGAGGGAACAGGGGGGUUCAGGAGUCAAGUUGUAGAGGAAUCCAGUCCAGGAUGGAUGAAGUGAAUGAAGAUAUGUGGCCAAAGGAGCAUCAAAGAGAACCCAACCCUGGAGAGAGAGAGAGAGAGAGUUACAUCAUGCCAAUAAAGCAAAUUGAAUUGAAUUGAGAGAGGGGAGGGGAGGGAGAGAUAGAGAGAGAGAGAAAGAGAGGAGCCAUUAUAAACGCUAUAUACCUAGUUUAUUCAUUAUAUAUAUUUUUACAAAUAUUUUUGUGGGGUUUUACGUGUUUUAUUGAGCUAGGACAGUGAAGAGAAGACAGGAAAGGUAGGAGAGACUGCUAGUCAGAAGGACAGUAGGUCAGAAGGACAGUAGGUCAGAAGGACAGUGGGUCAGAUUCCAACCCAUGCCAUCUCUGGUAUCCUAGGAGAUGUGUGCCGUGGGCCCUGACACAUUAAUGCUUAUUCUUGAAAGCUAGUAUACUGUGCUAUGUCAGGUGUUAUAAUGAGACAGUAGGACUGACCUGGUGUUACUCCCAGAAGUAGCGGAGGUACCAGAUGGUCUCGUUCUUCAGCUGAGGUCCAAACAGAGGGUUGGCCUGGGCUAGGAUCGCUAUCAGCCAGCUGCACACACACACACACACACACACGGAGAUACACACACACAUACGCAGUAAGUAGACAACCUGACAUUAACUUAUACAGUAAGUAUAGAACCUGCCAUUAACUUAUACAGUAAGUAGAGAACCUGACAUUAACUUAUACAGUAAGUAGAGAACCUGACAUUAACUUAUACAGUAAGUAGAGAACCUGACAUUAACUUAUACAGUAAGUAGAGAACCUGACAUUAACUUAUACAGUAAGUAGAACUAGGGCUAACAUAGAGCAUAGAACCUGACAGGACUUCCAUACUCACAAUAACCAGCAACAAACAGCUGUCAAGAUCAAACUAGUGAUGACAACCCUGUGAAUAGAAAGAGUCAACACACAUUGAUACAAACCAUAUCAGCUAUUAUCACAAACACACAAGCUUGCACACACACACACACACACACACACACACAUACUAUAACCUGCUUAAUAUGAACGGUAUCUUUGAUAUACAGUAGCUACUACUGUGACAACUGCAUCGCGAGCGGGCCAAUAGCAGGGAUGAGAGAGAGGUUAUCGACGCGUCUAGGCUACUUUCCAGGGCCUACUGUUUCCAUCCUGUUCAUUCAUUACAAUCCGAGAUAUAGGAACAUAUCCUUACAAUGCAAAAUAUUAGUAUAUAAAAAAAAGAUUUCAUAUAAUAAGCAAAUAUAAAUAAUUACCAGAUGACCAAUGUACACUAUUUUUCGCUUCUGUUAUGCGUUUGUAUGGAUAACGGUAAGGUAGGAUACCUACCCUCGGUUUGGUCCUUUGGGCACGAAAAAGGGUGCUACGAUACCAACGAGCGCCCAUAAGGUGGUGAAACAGAUCAUCGGCAGCGCGAAAGAGCCCAUCGUUACACCGAAUAGAUCACCGGGUGACAGAUAAAUAAAUAUCAAAUUGUGUCCUUAGCUAGAACAACAGCAUCAACGGUCGGAUGCGUUCCUUCUCAAUAACCCCCUUGCAGUUUACUCCCGCCUUCUCCCAUUAAAACGCCUCUGAUUGUCCGGGAGCGUUAUGAUUGCAGUCUUUGAUUGGUUUAGAUUGUGUGUCCGUCAGCAUUAGGAAACCAGUGACUGGCUAGUGGAAUGCGUAUGGGCCUAGUUUGACAGCAGAUCGGAAGUGGAAUGUAACAGUAACAAAUUGUUGACACAAUGUAACAAUGGUGCCGAGUUAAAAGUAAGUAUAGUUUGUAUCACACUUUUUCCUGAAAUGAAUACAUUGGUCACUGUAAUGGCCUUGGUUAUAGCUAAUUAUAAACUGGGUGGUACUAGCCCUGAAUGUUGAUUGACUGACAGCCAUGGCAUAUUAGACCAUAUACCACGGGUAUGACAAAACAUUUAUUUUUACUGCUCUAAUUACAUUGGUAACCACUUUAUGAUAGCAAUAAGGCACCUCUGGGGUUUGUGGUAUAUGGCCAAUAUUCCACGGCUAAGGGCUGUGUCCAGGCACUCCGUGUUGCGUCGUGCAUAAGAACAGCCCAUAGCCGUGGUUUAUUGGCCAUAUACCACACCUCCUCGGGCCUUAUUGCUCAAAUAUAAGAUACUUAAUCCGUAGGUUAUUUUCAAUGUGUUUCCACAUUUAAUAACAUAAAUGCCAAGUAACAAACGACAUGCGACUGAACGCUAAGUAGCCAUGUUCCCAACUGCUGUCAUGCUGUAGCGCAUGCACACAAGUAAACAGUAAGAAUGAACCCAUUCAUCACAGACACGGAUGUAGUUUUGGACUGUAGGAUAUUUACAUAUUUUCUUAUACACUGAGUAUGCCAAACAUUACGAACAUUUGUUUACCAAAGGAUAACACCUGAAAGCAUUACAUAGGCCUAAUGAAAACACUUAUUUCCAUAGUGGUCUUCGAUGGUAGCCUGGGUACCAGUCUUUUUAGCUAACAUCCUUGUCACUGUUGUCAUUUGGGAAAAAUGACAUGGUACACCAUGCUACCUCAAUAGUAAAAACAAAUGACAAGUUCUUCUACAAUGAGUCACCUGAGGUUUUAAUAAACAGGCCUAUAGAUUGAAAUGGACAGGAUUUAGCUUAGCUAACUUUAUCAUGAACUGUGACCUCGUCACGUAUGGCUUACUGUCCAAAGUAACUGCCAAAAUAAUGGAAACACUUGAGAAAAUGAGGGAUACAAAGUACACUGAACUAAAAUAUGAAAGCAAAAUGUAAAGUGUUGGUCCAAUGUUUCAUGAGCUGAAAUAAAAGAUCCCAGAAAUAUUCCAUACACAAAUAAAGCUUAUUUCUCUCAAAUGUGCACAAAUUGGUUUACAUCCCUGUUAGUGAGCAUUUCUCAUUUUCCAAGAUAAUCUAUCCACAUGACAGGUGUGGCAUAUCAAGAAGCUGAUUAAACAGCAUUAUAAUUACACAGGUGCACCUUGUGCUGGGGACCAUAAAAGCCCACUCUAAAAUGUGCAGUUUUGUCACACAACACAAUGCCACAGAUGUCUCAAGUUUUGAGGGAGCGUGCAAUUUGCAUGCUGACUGCAGGAAUGUCCACCAGAGCUGUUGCCAGAGAAUGUAAUGUUAAUUUCUCUACCAUAAGACCUCUAAUGUCUUUUAGAGAAUUUGGCAGAACGUCUAACCGGCCUCACAACCGCAGACCAUGUGUAACCAUGCCAGCCCAGGACCUCCACAUCCGGCUUCUUCAACUGCGGGAUCGUCUGAGACCAGCCAACCGGACAGAUGAUGAAAUUGAGGAGUAGUUCUGUCUGUAAUAAAACACUUUUGUGGGGAAACAAUCAUUCUGAUUGGCUGGGCCUGGCUUCCCAGUGGGUGGGGCUAUGCCCUCCCGGGCCCAGCCAUGGCUGUGCCCUGCCCAGUCAUGUGAAAUCCAUAGAUUAGGGCCUAAUUAAUUUAUUUCAAUUGACUGAUUUCCUUAUAUGAACUGUAACUCAGUAAAAACGUUGAGAUUUUUGCAUGUUGCGUUUAUAUUUUUGUUCAGUAUAUAUUGAAAGCAGGUGCUUCCACACAGGUGUGGUUCCUGAGUUAAUUAAUCCAUUAACAUCCCAUCAUGCUUAGGGCCAUGUAUAAAAAUGCUGGGCAGGCCAUUAUUUUGGCAACCAUGGCUAUGCCCCCAUAGGAUGACAAUGCCCCCAUCCACAGGGCACAAGUGGUCACUGAAUGGUUUGAUGAGCUUGAAAACUAUGUAAACCGUACACCAUGGCUGUCUCAGUCACCAGAUCUCAACCCAAUUGAACACUUAUGGGAGAUUCUGGAGCGGCGACUGAGACAGCGUUUUCCACCAGUGUCUUGCUCUCUGUCUUGCUCUCUCUCUCUCUCUCUCUCUCUCUCUCUCUCUCUCUCUCUCUCUCUCUCUCUCUCUCUCUCUCUCUCAAUUCAAUUCAAUUUAAGGGGCUUUAUUGGCAUGGGAAACAUAUAUUUACAUUGCCAAAGCAAGUGAAUUAGAUAAUAAACAAUGUGAAAUAAAAAAUAAACAGUAAACAUUACACUCACAAACGUUCCAAAAUAAUAAAGACAUUUCAAAUGUCAUAGGGGCCCCAAAAUUUGGGCCCAGCGUCGUGCAGGGUAGGGGAGGAAUGGCCAGCAGGGAUGUAGCUCAGUUGAUAGAGCAUGGCGUUGCAACGCCAGGGUUUGUGGGUUCGAUUCCCACGGGGGGCCAGUUAAAAAAAUAUGUAUUCACUACUGUAAGUCGCUCUGGAUAAGAGCGUCUGCUAAAUGACUAAAAUGUAAUGUAAAUGUAAUGAUGUGCACAGGGGGGGUGUGUUCAAUAGGGCGAUAUGGGCGACGCAAUGCCAAAGGGGAAAAAAGGGAAAGGGAUUUUUUUUUCUAAUAAAUUUAAUCACGGCAACAGUAGUUUAUCAGUUUUUGUAAUCUAGACGUCUGUUUCUGCCACAGUGCCACUAAAUGUCCAAUCAGGCUAAAGUCGUGCUUCAAAUGGCCCCCCCCCAUUUUGGGGCGAUUUCAGUCAGGUUGAAAUCCCCCAGAAGUCUGUCAUAGACUCCCAUGUAAAAUCUAUUUUUUUCAAAUAUCAGAGCUUUCAAUACAAUCUCUAUGGGUUUCUGAGGGCUUGCACUUACGCGCUUUCGUCAUCUAACUAUAAACCAUGAACGUAACUAAGAAAAGAGCGGGUAGCAGCGUCAUCAAUUCACUACUUCUAUCAAAAUGGCUAGGCUUCAGUGAAACUCGUUGUGUCUUUAAAAGAAGUUCCCUUUUUGUCGGCGAACAAAUGAAGAUAAUUGGCAACGAAACAAUUAGGACCUCCCAGACCAAAUUUAAUAAUUCACAGGUUUCUACUAAAGGGGGAAGUCCUACACCCCCAGGAUUUUUCCAAAAAAUUGGUACGAACGAAAAACCUGGCUAGCAGGCUGCGAUGUAGCUAAUGCAGUCUUCUGCUACCCCCCCCGCUUACUCUUUCACCCUGAAGGCGGCACGGCAGACAGCACCGCUGGACAGCGACUGGUGUGUAACGGACAGCAAAACCCUCUUUCAGGAAAGAUUAAGAAACAAUGCUUCAGACCCACAUGAUAGCUGUUGAGAUUGUCUGCUUUGGGGAGAGUUUAACAUUCCCACUCAACUGAUGAGGGAUACAGGCCCAGCUGUCCGCCGCCACAAAAGAUGAGGGUUUGUGUUGAUAAACACAAGUUUUACUGGAGAACUGAAACUGACAAAGGCUGCAAGAUAGGGCCCCUUUUUUCCAUUGUUAUUGGGAUAGGAACAGAACUUAUAACCAGCUCCUGACCUAAAUAGAUCUUAGCACAACAUUUUACUCAACAUAUCAUAUUCCAUAUUCACUAUAACAAAUUUUUACUACGACAUUAGCCAGACCGCCACAUCCUCAGCCGGCUAAUCCAGUGUGUGAAGUUUUGCGGGGUGGGUUUUAGUUAGCUUUGCGAGGCAAAGAUGAAACUGAGGGCCCACCAACCCUGGUAAGCCAACACUUUUUAGAUCAGUCAAUAAAUGCUUCUGGUAUUGACUUAUAUGCUGCCCCUGUCUUCAUGUUGUUGCUGGACAUAUCUUUUUUAAAAUGUGUGUGCAAAUAGUUAAAGUACAUAAGGGAAAAUAAAUAAACAUAAAUAUAGGUUGUAUUUACAAUGGUGUGUGUUCUUCACUGGUUGCCCUUUUCUUGUGGCAACAGGUCACUAAUCUUGCUGCUGUGAUUUUGCUGUGAUCUUGCUGCUGCUGGGAGUUAAUCAAAAUUGGAUUUGUUUUUGAAUUUCUGUCAGAGCAGAUGGUUGGGGGACCGGAAUUGGACACAACUAAGCCCAAAAAGGGAUUGUAUUUGAAAAUAACAAUAAUUUCAUACCUUGAUUACAUUGAGACACGAUUGUGAGACACAGAGUAGGUGAAUGGAUGAUCUCGCAUAUGUGGUUCCCACAAGGAAGCAUGGAGGAGGAGGUGUGAUGGUGUGGGGGUGCUUUGCUGGUGACACUGUCUGUGAUUUAUUUAGAAUUCAAGGCACAUUUAACCAGCAUGGCUACCACAGCAUUCUGCAGAGAUACGCCAUCCCAUCUGGUUUGCUCUUAGUGGGACUAUAAUUUGUUUUUCAACAGGACAAUGACCCAACACACCUCCAGGCUGUGUAACAGCUAUUUGACCAAGAAUGAGAGUGAUGGAGUGCUGCAUCAGAUGACCUGGCCUCCACAAUCCCCUGACCUCAACCCAAUUGAGAUGGUUUGGGAUGAGUUGGACCGAAGAGUGAAGGAAAAGCAGCCAACAAGUGCUCAACAUAUUUCAUAUUUCAUGUCUUAAAGUAAUGAUGGACUGUAAUUUCUCUUUGCUUAUCUGAGCUGUUCUUGCCAUAAUAUGGACUUGGUCUUUUACCAAAUAGGGCUAUCUUCUGUAUACCACCCCUAGCUUGUCACAACACAACUGAUUGGCUCAAACGCAUUAAGAAGGAAAGAAAUUCCGCAAAUUAACUUUUAACAAGGCACACCUGUUAAUUUAAAUGCAUUCCAGGUGACUACCUCAUGAAGCUGGAUGAGAGAAUACCAAGCAUGUGCAAAGCUGUCAUCAAGGCAAAGGGUGGCUACUUUGAAGAAUCUCAAAUAUAAAAUAUAUUUUGAUUUGUUUAACACUGUUUUGGUUACUACAUGAUUCCAUAUGUGUUAUUUCAUAGUUUUGAUGUCUUCACUAUUAUUCUACAAUGGAGAAAAUAGUAAAAAUAAAGAAAAACCCUGGAAUGAGUCCAAGCUUUUGACUGGUACUGUAUAUAUAUAUUUGUUUUGGAGUACAGAGCCAAAACAACCAAAAAUGUUUCACUGUCCCAAAACGUUUGGAGCUCACUGUAUAUAUACAUAUAUAUUUUUUGUUGCAAAAAACUUUGGGGGCCAAAGAAAAGUCACCUGUUGCCGAGUUUUGAUUGAGACUUUCAGAGCAAGUGCCUUUGUCAGACUAAAGGCUACAGGACAAACGAGGGAACAGCACACACCAGCCCAGCCCUGAGACAGCUCACACCAGCCCAGCCCUGAGACAGCACACACCAGCCCAGCCCUGAGACAGCUCACACCAGCCCAGCCCUGAGACAGCACACACCAGCCCAGCCCUGAGACAGCACACACCAGCCCAGCCCUGAGACAGCUCACACCAGCCCAGCCCUGAGACAGCACACACCAGCCCAGCCCUGAGACAGCACACACCAGCCCAGCUCUGAGACAGCACACACCAGCCCAGCCUGCUUUGCAUGUUCAUUACAUUACUCUGUGGCCCUGCGGCUGCUGCAGCUCAUGAGACUGUGAAGUGCUUUACAUGGUUUUACAGGGUUGAACAAGAAGGAAGGAAACCUUACACUGUUACAUUACUGAACUGCAGAACUGUACAGUAGAAACCUAAAUUAUAAAAAGGAGAAAGAAAGAGAGGGAACAACUUUAGUGUAUUGCAAUGGGUCCCAUGGCCUUGUCAGGGAGCAAGUUUAGUGUAUUGAGAUGCACCCAUUGCCUUGUCAUUGUUGGGCCAAAUAUUUUUAUAUAUGUGGUGGGGCAUCACAGACAGGCCUAAAUUGCCUUGCCAAAACCCAUGACUGAAGACAGUAAAUCAAAGCCAUGCAGUCUUCGGAACGCCUCAAGGUUAGCCUCUAGAACAAUAAAGUCAGAUAAAGCCUAUAUGACUGUAGAAUCCUUAUAUCCUCGAUUGAAAAUAUAAUAUAAAAUGUUUGAAAGAAAGAAUCCCUGUGUCCACAUAAAAGAGGUCAGGACCUUGAUGACACAGAAGGCAAUAAAGCACUGGGCCCGGCUCAAUCCCCCGCUACGUAAUCAACCCAUCAUCUUGUAUAUGGUUGUCUGCUUUCCCCCGCAGCAAGGUACUAUCCAGGAGACCUUGACUUGUGUGUGCAUUGUGACAUUCAACACUGUUUGUGUAUUGAGUGUAAUGUCCUUCAAACAGGGCAGUGUUCUGUUACCCCCAAAGCCUUUUUCAGUCUGCCUGUGGAAGCCUUGUGACGCAUGGCACCGCCGCCACCACUGGGGGAUACAACACACACACGUUGCACACGCACACAUACACACACACACACGUACACACAUUCACGCACGCACACACACUUGGUUCUGUCUGUUUUGUCCAGAGAAUUGUUUAAUAUUCAGAUGUCACUGCUCCUCCCAAGUUCUUUGUGUCUGCUCUAGCUAUGGAAACACAAUAUCACCGGUAAAACACCAGGGUCUAGCCCCAUAGAAAAGCCUCUCCGCACCAGGGCUGCAAUAGAAAAAUGCCUGUAGAGGGUUUUGUCAUAUUAAAGCUCUAUAGUAGCUCAUGGUUAUUAUGUCACUGCAAGAAUGUUGAUGGUCAUUCAUUCAUUCUAGAAUCAACACUUUUGUCUAUGGGGUUUUACAUUCGUCAUCUCUCUCUCUCUCUCUCUCUCUCUCUCUCUCUCUCUCUCUCUCUCUCUCUCUCUCUCUCUCUCUCUCUCUCUCUCUCUCUCUCUCUCUCUCUUUCUCUCUCUCUCAAUUCAAUUCAAUUUAAGAGGCUUUAUUGGCAUGGGAAACAUAUAUUUACAUUGCCAAAGCAAGUGAAAUAGAUAAUAAACAAAAUGAAAUAAACAAUAAUAAAUUAACAGUAAACAUUACACUCACAAAAGGUCCAAAAGAAUAAAGACAUUUACUGGUUGCCCUUUUCUUGUGGCAACAGGUCACAAAUCAAUUCAAUUUCAAUUCAAUUUCAAUUUCAAUUUAAGGGCUUUAUUGGCAUGGGAAACGUGUGUUAACAUUGCCAAAGCAAGUGAAGUAGAUAGUAAACAAAAGUGAAAUAAACAAUAAAUAUUAACAGUAAACAUUACACUCAGAAGUUUCAAAAGAAUAAAGACAUUUCAAAUGUCAUAUUAUGUAUAUAUACAGUGUUGUAACAAUGUGCAAAUAGUUAAAGUACAAAUGGGAAAAUAAAUAAACAUAAAUAUGGGUUGUAUUUACAAUGGUGUUUGUUCUUCACUGGUUGCCCUUUUCUUGUGGCAACAGGUCACAAAUCUUGCAGCUGUGAUGGCACACUGUGGUUUUUCACCCAGUAGAUAAGGGAGUUUAUCAAAAUUGGGUUUGUUUUCAAAUUCUUUGUGGAUCGCUGUAAUCUGAGGGAAAUAUGUGUCUCUAAUAUGGUCAUACAUUUGGCAGGAGGUUAGGAAGUGCAGCUCAGUUUCCUCCUCAUUUUGUGGGCAGUGUGCACAUAGCCUGUCUUCUCUUGAGAGCCAGGUCUGCCUACGGCGGCCUUUCUCAAUAGCAAGGCUAUGCUCACUGAGUCUGUACAUAGUUAAAGCUUUCCUUAAGUUUGGGUCAGUCACAGUGGUCAGGUAUUCUGCCACUGUGUACUCUCUGUUUAGGGCCAAAUAGCAUUCUAGUUUGGUCUGUUUAUAUGUUUGUUCUUUCCAAUGUGUCAAGUAAUUCUCUUUUUGUUUUCUCAUGAUCUCAAAUCUCUCUCUCUCUUUCUCUCUCUCACUCCGUCUCCCGACCUACUUCUCCUUCGCUCAUUCUUUCUCUUUGACAGUGAAGUAUUGCCACCUAGUGGUUUAAGACGUACUUUACUGGUCUUACUUUAGACUUCAGGCUGUAACUUUACCCGGGUAGUUUACCGGACACAGAUCAUAUCUGUACUAGAAUAAACUCGUAUAAUAAUACAGUAUAUUCUAGCGUUCAGCUUUUUCACUACAUGUCCUUUAGGUAAGUAGGAACUGAAGUUUCAAUAUCCUGAAACAUAUCAAAACAUUUUUAAUUUCAGAGCUGCCCUGAUAGUUUUAAUUAAAUCCGCAUCGCAAUCCGCUGUUAAUUUUACAUUUCAGCUUUCAUUUAUUCAACUUCAGAUGAUAUCUGAGUUUCAUUAUUGCUUUGGCAAUAGAGUGGCGGUGGCAGGAAGAAACAUGCAGACAUACAGGAAACGUUGCGCUCAAGCUAGUCUCGCGUAGCCAUACCUCGGUCAAGCUAUACGAGCUAUACACACUUUGUAUGCGCCACUACACUUAUGAAUACGGUAUCAGGUUGAAGUCGGAUUUGGACGAAAGAGCGCCCGUAAAGCCUAGUGUAGUGGCGCAUUCAUUCUGUCGGUCGGAUAGCUUGAUCUUUUGAUAGAGUCAGAUGUAGCUCGACGGCAUUCAGGAAACGGCGCAAAUAAAGGCAACUUGAACAAACAUUGAAGAUCCAUUCACCCAGCGUUUAAACUGUGGGGUAACCGCUGUCAGUACUGUAUGGUCAUUUUAUCCAGUUUUAAAGUUAUAUACUUUCAGUGUUUUGUAUAUUUUCUAUUCGAGUUGAUAAUGCUGGAUGGUCGAACUGAUGAAGUUCACAAGAGACAUUUGCCGACUACUGGGUAUUGGAGGCGGUAAGUAAAAGUAACUGCGCCGCCACUGUAAAGUUACCAAAUAUGUCUCUUAUGUCAAACACGCGACGAGUUUAAUCUGACAACAGCUGUGGAGUGUUUAUCGAUUUAUCGCUGGCGGGUCGGCUCGACUAAAAACAAGUUACACAAGUUAAAAUGCUCCUAUGCUAUGUGAUAGCCUAUUGUGAUCACAAAAAAGCGUGAUAUUUAAAAGAAAAAAAAGUCAGUCAUGCACGUUCCUAUAAAAUGUUGCCUUAUAUUUAAAGCGGCAAUACGAAAUUGAAACUAACAAAUCUGAGGGAUGGGGUUGGAAAAAUGUAACCGCUCUCAAAUUCAUAGUUCGAGCUGUGGAUGUAAGGACUGACCAUCCAUGAUAUCAAAAUUAUAGUUUUAACCAUGUGUUGAGUCUGUAUAGUGUUUGUUUACAUAUACUUUAAUUACAAACAUCGGAGAAAAACAAGUUUAUAUUUUGGGUUCUGAUUGGGUACGACAGUUGAACUAAGCUCAUUAGGCAUUUAUAAAUUACAUUCUUCAAGGACCAAUGGGUACACAUCAUCAAUUUAACUGCAGAUUGCCCCUUUUUUAAACAAGGUGUAUUAGCGAUCUUUCUGUUUGCUCUGUCUCUCUCUCGCUCACAUAAUCAGUAUUGUGGAGCUCAGUUGGUAGAACACGGCGUUUGCAACGCAAGGGUUGUGGGUUCGAUUCCCACGGGGGGCCAGUAUGAAAAUGUAUGCACUCACUAAAAAACUGUAAGUCGCUCUGGAUAAGAGCGUCUGCUAAAUGACUAAAAUGUUAAAUCCUUUGUGUAGGCUUGUCUGUCUCUAUCUGCAUAUGGCUACACGCCACACUGGAAUCUGAGACUUUGUUUCCAUUUUGCUUACAAGACAUGGUGCAGUGCCCGUAGCUCAGGGGACACAGUCCUCUUGGCUCAGGGGUUGUGUGUCUUUGUGGAACAGAUCUGGUCCUUUGUAGCUCAGAUGGUGGUGCCUGUAAUUCCAAAGUAGUGGUUUCAAUUCCCAGGACACCAACCAUACGUAAAAUGUAUGCACGCAUGACUAAGUCGCUUUGGAUAAAAGCGUUUGCUAAAUGUAAUAUAUUGUUACAUUAACUCUGGAAUGAAACUCUACCCUAAAGUAGGAGAACAAUUUGAUGACUAAUUCCAAUAGAACGCAGUCACCAGUAAUUCCCAGACUCUUGUUUAAAUGGAAAGGCCUUCUAUUCCUUAGGUCCUGGUUGAGUCUUUUGUCUCAAAUGGGUGUUGUGGUGCGGAAUGUAUGCCACUUCUUCUAUAAGCCAAGGCCACAGAGGACCGUGUAGCUAGGCCUAGGCUAUUACGCUCUCUAACUGAAUCAAAUCAAAUCAAAUCAAAUUUUAUUGGUCACAUGCGCCGAAUACAACAGGUGCAGACAUUACAGUGAAAUGCUUACUUACAGCCCUUAACCAACAGUGCAUUUAUUUUAAACAAAAAAGUAAGAAUAAAACAACAACAAAAAAGUGUUGAGAAAAAAAGAGCAGAAGUAAAAUAAAGUGACAGUAGGGAGGCUAUAUAUACAGUAAAAUAAAGUGACAGUAGGGAGGGUAUAUAUACAGGGGGGUACCGUUGCAUAGUCAAUGUGCGGGGGCACCGGCUAGUUGAGGUAAUAUGUACAUGUGGGUAGAGUUAAAGUGACUAUGCAUAAAUACUUAACAGAGUAGCAGCAGCGUAAAAAGGAUGGGGUGGGGGGGCAGUGCAAAUAGUCCGGGUAGCCAUGAUUAGCUGUUCAGGAGUCUUAUGGCUUGGGGGUAGAAGCUGUUGAGAAGUCUUUUGGACCUAGACUUGGCACUCCGGUACCGCUUGCCGUGCGGUAGCAGAGAGAACAGUCUAUGACUAGGGUGGCUGGAGUCUUUGACAAUUUUGAGGGCCUUCCUCUGACACCGCCUGGUAUAGAGGUCCUGGAUGGCAGGGAGCUUUGCCCCAGUGAUGUACUGGGCCGUACGCACUACCCUCUGUAGUGCCUUGCGGUCAGAGGCCAAGCAGUUGCCAUACCAGGCGGUGAUGCAGCCAGUCAGGAUGCUCUCGAUGGUGCAGCUGUAUAAUUUUUUGAGGAUCUGAGGACCCAUGCCAAAUCUUUUUAGUCCCCUGAGGGGGAAUAGGCUUUGUCGUGCCCUCUUCACGACUGUCUUGGUGUGUUUGGACCAUGAUAGUUCGUUGGUGAUGUGGACACCAAGGAACUUGAAGCUCUCAACCUGUUCCACUACAGCCCCGUCGAUGAGAAUGGGGGCGUGCUCAGUCCUCUUUUUUUUCCUGUAGUCCACAAUCAUCUCCUUUGUCUUGGUCACGUUGAGGGAGAGGUUGUUGUCCUGGCACCACACGGCCAGAUCUCUAACCUCCUCCCUAUAGGCUGUCUCAUCGUUGUCGGUGAUCAGGCCUACCACUGUUGUGUCGUCGGCAAACUUAAUGAUGGUGUUGGAGUCGUGCCUGGCCAUGCAGUCAUGGGUGAACAGAGAGUACAGGAGGGGACUGAGCACGCACCCCUGAGGGGCCCCCGUGUUGAGGAUCAGUGUGGCAGAUGUGUUGUUACCUACCCUUACCACCUGGGGGCGGCCCGUCAGGAAGUCCAGGAUCCAGUUGCAGAGGGAGGUGUUUAGUCCCAGGAUCCUUAGCUUAGUGAUGAGCUUAGAGGGCACUAUGGUGUUGAAUGCUGAGCUGUAGUCAAUGAAUAGCAUUCUCACGUAGGUGUUCCUCUUGUCCAGGUGGGAAAGGGCAGUGUGGAGUGCGAUAGAGAUUGCAUCAUCUGUGGAUCUGUUGGGGCGGUAUGCAAAUUGGAGUGGGUCUAGGGUUUCUGGGAUUAUGCUGUUGAUGUGAGCCAUGACCAGUCUUUCAAAGCACUUCAUGGCUACAGACGUCAGUGCUACGGGUCGGUAGUCAUUUAGGCAGGUUAUCUUAGAGUUCUUGGGCACGGGGACUAUGGUGGUCUGCUUGAAACAUGUUGGUAUUACAGACUCAGUCAGGGACAUGUUGAAAAUGUCAGUGAAGACACUUGCCAGUUGGUCACCACAUGCUCGGAGUACACGUCCUGGUAAUACGUCUGGCCCUGCGGCCUUGUGAAUGUUUACCUGCUUAAAAGUCUUACUCACAUCGGCUACGGAGAGCGUGAUCACAUAGUCGUCCGGAACAGCUGGUGCUCUCAUGCAUGCUUCAGUGUUGCUUGCCUCGAAGCGAGCAUAGAAGUGGUUUAGCUCGUCUGGUAGGCUUGUGUCACUGGGCAGCUCGCGGCUGUGCUUCCCUUUGUAGUCUGUAAUAGUUUUCAAGCCCUGCCACAUCCGACGAGCGUCAGAGCCAGUGUAGUAUGAUUCAAUCUUAGACCUGUAUUGACUCUUUGCCUGUUUGAUGGUUCGUCGGAGGUCAUAGCGGGAUUUCUUAUAAGCGUCCGGGUUAGAGUCCCGUUCCUUGAAAGCGGCAGCUCUACCCUUUAGCUCAGUGCGGAUGUUUCCUGUAAUCCAUGGCUUCUGGUUGGGGUAUGUACGUACGGUCACUGUGGGGACGACAUCAUCGAUGCACUUAUUGAUGAAGCCAGUGACUGAUGUGGUAUACUCCUCAAUGCUGUCUGAAGAAUCCCGGAACAUGUUCCAGUCUGUGCUAGCAAAACAGUCCUGUAGCUUAGCAUCUGCGUCAUCUGACCACUUUUUUAUUAGCCGAAUCACUGGUGCUUCCUGCUUCAGUUUUUGCUUAUAAGCAGGAAUCAGGAGGAUAGAGUUAUGGUCAGAUUUGCCAAAUGGAGGGCGAGGGAGAGCUUUGUAUGCGUCUCUGUGUGUGGAGUAAAGGUGGUCUAGAGUUUUUUUCCCCUCUGGUUGCACAUUUAACAUGCUGGUAGAAAUGAGGUAGAACGGAUUUAAGUUUCCCUGCAUUAAAGUCCCCGGCUACUAGGAGCGCUGCAUCUGGAUGAGCGUUUUCCUGUUGAUUAAUGGCCUUGUACAACUCAUUCAGUGCAAUCUUAAUGCCAGCAUUGGUUUGUGGUGGUAAAUAGACAGCUAUGAAAAAUAUAGAUGAAAAGUCUCUUGGUAAAUAGUGUGGUCUACAGCUUAUCAUAAGAUACUCUACCUCAGGCGAGCAAAACCUCGAGACUUCCUUAGUAUUUGAUUUUGUGCACCAGCUGUUGUUUACAAAUAUACACAGACCGCCGCCCCUUGUCUUACCAGAGUCAGACGUUCUGUCCUGCCGAUGUAGCGUAUAGCCUGCUAGCUGAAUGUUGUCAUUGUUGUCGUUCAGCCACGACUCCGUGAAACAUAAGAUAUUACAGUUUUUAAUGUCCCGUUGGUAGGAUAACCGUAAUCUUAAAUCGUCAAUUUUAUUCUCAAAAGAUUGAACGUUGGCUAAUAGGAUUGAUGGGAGAGGCAGUUUACUCGUUCGCCGUCGGAUCCUUACAAGGCACCCGGAUCUGCGUCCACGAUAUCUCCGUCUCUUCCUCACGCGAAUGACGGGGAUCUGGGCCUUGUUGGGUGUCUGUAGAAUAUCCUUCGCGAACGCCUCGUUGAAGAAAUUUGCUCAAGAUUUGCUCAAGAUACACUCUACUAGACUAACUAUAAUACAUUAAAUGUGGCAUUUAGCAGAGGCUGUUAUCCAAAGCAACUUAGUCAUGCGUGCGUACAUUUUACAUAUGCCUGUCCCCAGCGGGAAUCGAACUUGCAAUCAUUGCGCCAUGCUCUUAACGAAAUGUCAAUACACACUUCUGUGAAACACAUAAUGAACCCUUGUGGAUAUAGACACCUGUAAUGUUACGCACUUCCACAGUAGGCUAACAACAUGUAUGUAAACAGUAAUAAUCCACAGGCUAAUUGUCACCCCCGAUCAACAAAUUGCUUGAGAGAGAGAGAGAGAUGGCUGAUCUACGAAACUAAGAUAUACAUAACAUUACUCUCUUCCACAGUAAAUCUAAACUAGUUAAAUGUCAUUCCCAGGCUAUUUUCAGCAUCUUUCCUUCCGUCAGCUGGAGGUGGUGCAACAGCAGCCGAGCAGAGAGCAGAGUCAGUGUACAAUUCUGACAUGUCAUGAUGAUGUCACCAGUCUACCAGAUUGUUCUUGUUGUGGUAUUCAAAUGAGAGAUACCUGAUCGCUGUCAUCACAUGUUAUCACACUGAAGAAGCAGUGUAGGUUUGACGAUAGAAUCUGGGGCUGGAUGCAUUCCAAAUGGCUCCCUAUACAGUGUAGUACCCUUAGGCCUUUGUCAAAAGUAUUGCACUCUCUGGUCGAAAGUAGUGCACUAUAUAGGGAAUAGGGUGCCAUUUGAGACGCACAUGAAUGAAGUCUUUUACUUUCAGUUUGAUUGUCCUCUGAUUUUUAGCUGCCGAGAAAUCCUCUUUCAUGACGACUCACUCAUGUUUGAUCAGAACCAGAAGGAUGUCUUUGAACUGUGAUAUGAUGAGUUUCUCUGGUAUAAGGAAUUCAGGAUGCAAGAAUACAACUAAACUGAUACAAGGUAUUUAAUAAUACGGUACCGGAUUCAACAUAACAAGAUACACGUGAGUUGCCUCUUGCUAUCCGAAUGAUAGACCAAGAGAUCUCUCCGUUUAUAUACUUCAGGGUAAACAAGUUCUAACCAACAGUUGCCAACCAUCAGUGGAGGACACUCCCAACCCCGAUGGUAUCAGCUUGCACCCCAGUCAGGACAUUCUAUCUAUCACUCAUUCUAAUAUUAACACCACUGGCUUCCCCCAGACUUCUUGGCACCCAGACUUUCUGGCACCCACAGUGCCAUAGAUAAAUGGAAUGACCCCAUUCCCAAAUCCUGUGUAACAUGUCAUAUCAAACUGUGAUAAGAGAAUAGAGUAGAGUAGUAGAGUGAAUGGAUUAGAGUAGAACUUAAUUGAUCCAUUAUACACCAAUUUGUGAGCCGCUCUGGAUAAGAGCGUCUGCUAAAUGACGUAAAUGUGCCCUUGAGCAAGGCACUUAACCCUAAUUGCUCCUGUAAGUCGCUCUGGAUAAGAGCGUCUGCUAAAUGACUAAAAUGUAAAUGUAAUGUAAAUGUACAAGGACAAGUGAAACAUGUCUUCUUGCUGAUACAGACAGUACCCACCCCACCCGUCUGUAUCAUUGUGAUGACGGUGAUAGUGGUGGUGGUGGUAUGGAGAUGUGUUGUGUUCUUUGUGGUUGAAUGUGUGGGUGCUAACUACUAACUAACUGUUCCUCUUGAUUUUACUCUCUUCUGUCUUCUUCUCUGGUCUGUAAGCCCAAGGCAUUAUGGGGGAGGGGGGAUGGGUACUUUGUCUCUGAGUGGCAGGAAACCACAGGCAUGCAGCCACCACCCCGUUUACUUAGAGAGAGAGAGAGAGAGAGAGAGAAGCAGAACAACAAAGAAUUUGAAAACAAAUCCAACAUUGAUAACUCCCAUAUCUGUUAGGUGAAAUACCGCAGUGUGAAAUCACAGCAGCAAGAUUUGUGGCCCAUUGUCAUGAGAAAAGGGCAACCAGUGGAGCACAAACAACAUUGUAAAUACCACCAAUAUUUAUCUGUUUAUUUAUCUUACCCCACUAUUCAUACAACAACUAUUUGUACAUUGCUAAAACACUAGCUUAUAAUAUAACACUUGAAAUUUGUAUUUUUUUAAAACCUUUUUGAGUGCAACAUUUACUGUUGAUUUCUAAUCAUUUUUUGUUGAUGUUGUUAAAUUAGUUUCUUCUCACUUUUGUUUAUUUCACUUGCUUUGGCAAUGUAAACAUACAGUAUGUUUCCCAUUCCAAUAAAGCCCCAUUGAUUUAAAUUAAGAGAGAGGGAGAGGGAAGCAGAGAGAGAGAGAUGUGCAGAGGGAGAGGCAGAGAGCAUGGCAGAGAGAGAGAGGGAGACAGAGAGAGAGGGAGGCAGAGAGAGAGGGAGACAGAGAGAGAAGAGCGAGAGGGGGGAUAAUACCUUUCCCAGCAUUUUUCUGUUCCAUAUCAAAGUAGUAUAAGACAAACAGCUUCUCUGCUGGCCUUGGGAAACUGAUAUACCACAGGUGGUUUUCAUAUCGCACCAGAAAGAAGUGUGUUUUUUCUAACAAUGUUGCUGCUUGUUUCUUAGCAGUGUUUCAGUCAUCAUUUCUAUCUAACGUAGGCUCAGUAAAAUUGGAUGAAAAAAAUACACAAAAUGAACUAAACCUUCUAGUUUCUAAAAGUUUCCCCAGUUUUGUGACUACUGAACAUGACCCAGGGAGGAGCAGUUGUGUGUUUAAGGGGAGUGAGCCAUUGUUGACCGUGGUAAUCCCACAUUCCAGAACGUUCAGAUAGAAAUGUAUUGUGUAGAACAGAUAUGAUUGUCUAUCUAACAUGUAGAAUAGGGCAUGCUCUAUAUUAUUCAUUGCAUUUCUAUCUGCAAUGUUCUGAAUGUUUCACCUUACUGAACACAGACCAGAUGUAAGCCAGGCAGUCAGUCAGUCAGAAUUGCUGACAACAGCAUGCAGGUUUAGCUUGUAAGAAGCAAACAUACUGGUUGGAUUAGACCCUUUUCCUGUGCUAACUUUGUGACUUUUAUUAUUUCCUUAUGAAGAUGGAGAAUAUCUAAUUUCACACAUGGUUUAACCCUUGUUUGAGGCUGUUUUCAGUAUAUUUGUCAUGGUUGGAGUUGAGUGGGUCUGUCUCAAAUGACGUCCCAUUCCCUUUAUAGUGCACUACUUUUGCCCAGGGCCGAUACGGCUUCCGCAUGCUUCGGUUUGGCUGGCGCCUAGCCGAACUUUGCUAGGUGAACCGAGCGAGUGUGCUCGCAUACUCCCUUAAAAGAGCUUUGCUUGAAAAACGAGAAAGAAACAGCAAUAGUACUGUUUGUCCAUCUUGAGAAGUCCAUCAUUUCCUCAAAAUAGUCAGAAUUAAUCUAAGAUAACUCAAGAAAUCUGUCAUCAAUUUUGACGUUUUUGCUGAGGAGAUCUUAGUCGUGCAAUUUUACAUCUGAAGAUGUUUGGUGCAGUAUUGUUCAAGGGAAAGGGGAUUCCUAGUCAGUUGCACAACUGAAUACAUUUAACUGAAAUGUGUGUUCCGUAUUUAACCCAAACCAUAUGAGUCAGAUGCGGGGGGCUGCCUUAAUCGACGUCAUCGGCACCCGGGGAGCAGUUGUUGUUGUGGGUUAACUGCCUUGCUCAAGGGGAGAAUGGCAGAUUAUUCCACCUUUCCGGCUCGGGAUUUGAACCAGCGACCCUUCAGUUACUGGCCCAACGCUCUUAACCGCUAGGAAAUGAGUCGUCUAUCGUUGAAUCACAACAAACACUUAAUUGAAGAAUCCCUACUGUUGAUCAAUGACCGACGAAGGGGUGUUGACUUCGGCAACCGAAAUUCGGCUUGCCUCAAGAAAUGUUGUGUACCCAAACAGCUGCAAAAACCCCCAAAACUAAACAAACAAAACUUCACAACAUGUUGUCAUAAUAUGUGCAGGAACCGUUAUGGAUGAAAGGCAUACAGAUGCCUUUACAUAACAUAACAUAGCAUAACAUAGCAUAACAUAGCAUAGCAUAGCAUAGCAUAGCAUAACAUCCUAUUACUUAUAGGCCUGUUGGGUCCCAGAGGUCACACACGCAUGGACACAUAUACACACACACACACAGGCACACACACACGUACACAGGCACACGCUAUUGUAAGCAGCGUCCCUGUAUGCAAGAUGGAAUCUGCCAGGCCCAGUGCCGAUAGGUCUAGGCUGCAUCUCAAAUGGCACCCUUUUCCCUAUGUAGUGCACUACUUUUGACACUAUGGGCCCUGGUUAAAAGUAGUGCACUACGUAGAGAUUGGGAAUAGGGGGCCAUUUGGGACGCAGCCAUAGAGCGUAAGGCACAGGAGGUCUAUUCUCCAGUAUCAGUCAUGUUCCAUUAGAGAGUCUGCUGUCCAGAUGUCAGGUGGUUGUACCACUCCCACCUGUAGACACACACACACACACACACACACACACACCUCUCAGGGUCAGGUGAGGGAAGCACCCAGGUGGCAGACAGACAGUGGGUGUUUAAGGGGAAGGUUCUGAUCUGUCUGUGUUGCCCUCAACAGGCUACAGUCGGUCUGGAUUGAACCUUUUGGUUAAAGGUGUGUCCCAAGUGACACCCUAUUCCUUAUAUAGUGCACACAUUUUGACCAUGACUCAAAAUAGUGAACUAUAUAAUAUAGGGUGCCAUUUGGGACGCGGUCUGAGAGAGGGGGAAGAGAGUCAUUUCAUCAUGGUAGGACAACGAUACACUUCCUGUCUGGAUCCACUGGACCAAUACGUUUCCACCCGAAGAAGGAGGGAGAAUCUCCAGCAGCAUGUGUACUGUGCUGUGUUCUGUCUUCUCCUCCUUCUUCUCUUUCCUUCCUCCUCUUUCUCCUCUUUUCAGUCCCCGUCUAUGAGACCAACCUGUAGGGGAGAGUGGGGCAUGUUGAGACCAACCUGUAGGGGAGAGUGGGGCAUGUUGAGACCAACCUGUAGGGGAGAGUGGGGCAUGUUGAGACAUUUUUCUUUACAUUUAGCAUCCCUACGUCAAGGGAAAUGUAUAGUAUUCUUUCUAACCACGAUAUCUACAUAUAUUUCAGUAUGUUGUGUAUCCCUGGAAAUAAUCAGAAUCCAUGUAAACAUGGAUGGGAUAUAUCUGGCUGCUGCCUCUCUUCUUCCUCUUCCUCUUCCUCUUCCUCUUCCUCUUCCUCCUCCUCCUCCUCCUCCUCCUCCAAAGUCUCUAACUUUCUCAAUGAGACCAACCUGUAUAAAUAAUGUUACAAAAGUAACACUAAACAAACAACCAAGUGUUUGCUUUGGUUCAUUUGUGUUCACUCUCAGGUUGUGUGUGUUUCUAGAUGGGCCAGGUGAGCAGGAGGAGACGGAGGGAGGAGGAGGAGGAAGAGGUCCAGCCGCGGGUGGAGAGGUCCUGAGUGGGGAGGAGGAGUUGAGUGAGGAGGAGAAGAUCAGAAGGAGAGCAGAGAGACGCAGGGCUAAGAGGAAGGUGAGUAGAACACACACCUGUACCACAUCAUAAUCAACCUGGUAACGCUUCACAUUAAGUUGCUCUUAUACCUGUGUAACCUGUAAUAACACUGUAAUUACUACGGUAACAACAUUGUUGCUACAUAGUCAUUUAGAAAUUGCUGUGUAAUUAAUGUUAAUGAAUUAAUUGAGCAAUGGAGUUGGUUUUCGGUAUUGCACCAGAGGAAUAAGGAACCAUCUAUUUGUUUAUCUCUGUCAUACCUGGUCCACCUGUCACACUCCUGUCCUCCUUACCCUCCCUCAACACACCUUUACCAUUCUCUCUUUACAGAGACAGAAAGAACGAAAGAAACUGGAGAAGGAGGAGAAGAGCGGGGAUGCUGAGCAGGAGGAGGGAGGAGCAGCGUCUGAGUCUGAGAGUGAAAGUGAGGAGGAGAAGAGGGAGGGAGAGAGGGUAGGAACUCCUGCCAAGACCACGCCUCCUCUCACUGUGUCUGGGAACAAGAGCAACCACCAGCCCCCUGUCAGGACCCCAGAGGAGGUAGGAGAGAGGAGAGGGAGAGAGGGAGAGAGGGAGGGAGGGAGGGAGAGAGGGAGAGAGGGAGGGAGGGAGAGAGGGAGGGAGGGAGGGAGGGAAGGAGGUAGGAGAGAGGGAGGGAAGGAGAUAGGAGGGAGGGAGGGAGGGAGGGAGGGAGGAGAGGGAGGGAGGGUCUAUAUGAUUCUAUGGGCCCUGGUCUAAAGCAGUACAUUAUAGAGGGAGUAGGGUGCCAUUCAGGCCCUGGUCUAAAGUAGUGCACUAUAAGGGUGCCAAUUAUAUUCCCUACAGUCCCAUUAAUGUGAUUAUUAUACCUUCUCCUUCUCUAGGAGCCGGAGUGGGAUGUCUGCAGUGCGUUUGUGGCCAACGCUGCCAGUCACAUCAGACACAAAGCCAGGACCAGAGCAGGCCACGCCUCUAGAGAGAACAAGGAGAACGAGGCUGGAACCAGCGAGGUGGGCUGGACACACACACGCACGUUCAUACACACACGCGCACACCCACACCCACACCCAGAGGCAGUGUUAACUGACUUGUCUCAUUUCAGGUGGAGAGCUCAGACCCUCUGAAGAGGAAGGGAGCCUCACUAACAGGUAACAUUAACACAAUUGUCUCAGAAUGAUUAUUUAUAUUCACUGAAAUGACCCCAGUUUAACACUGUAUGUGUGUGUUCUCCUCCAGAGAAGGGUAUUCAGCUGUUUAAGCAGGGCCAGUACUCUCAGGCUGUGGACAUGUUCUCUGAGGCUAUCCACUGUGACCCCAAAGACCACAGGUACAUUUUUACAUUUUAGUCAUUUAGCAGAUGCUCUUAUCCAGAGCGACUUACAGUUAGUGAGUGCAUACAUUUUUUCCAUACUGGCCCCCCGUGGGAAACGAACCCACAACCCUAGCGUUGCAAGCGCCAUGCUCUACCAACUGAGCUACACGGGGCUCAGCACCUUAAAGCUUGACCUCUGACCCAAACACCACAUAUCACACUACUAUGCUCUCUGACCUGAAAUUAGAUCUCUGUCAACUUAUGUUUUCAUGUGUCCUCUCUCUCUCUCUCUCUCUCUCUCUCUCUCUCUCUCUCUCUCUCUCUCUCUCUCUCAGGUUCUUUGGGAAUCGUUCGUACUGCUACUGGUGUCUGGAGUUUUACCCCUCUGCACUAUCAGAUGCUCAGAAGUCCAUCCAGCUCGCUCCUGACUGGCCAAAGGGAUACUUCCGCAAGGGGAGUGCACUGAUGGGGUUGAAGGUCAGUGUCUGAGCUCUCUACUGUCAACGUGGACAUUGCUGUGUGUGUCUGUCUGUCUGUCUGUAAAAUCUGACUCUCUCCAUCUCCCCGUCUUCUCUCUCCAGCGGUAUGGUGAGGCAGAGAGGGCCAUGCAGCAGGUGUUGAAGCUGGAUCAGGACUGUGAGGAGGCCUCUACUGAGCUCUUCAACUGCAAGGUCCUGCAGCUCAUGGUGAGGGGAGACAGGGGUCAGGGUUCAGGCUCUAGUCUUGUGUUAUUGGAUGACUCAAUGUGUCCAAAGCUUUGUUGAUUGGUGAACUUGUCUGCUUCUUUGUCUUUUCAGGUUUUUUUUCUAAGAUCUGCUCUAUCAGUUUAUCAAUUCACCUCUCUCUCUCUCUCUCUCUCUCUCUCUCUCUCUCUCUCUCUCUCUCUCUCUCACCCCCCUCCCUCCCUCCCUCUCUCCCUCCCUCCCGUAGGAUCUGGGUUUUGAGGAGGGGCAGAGUGUGUUGCUGCUGGAGAAGUUUACCACGGUGCAGGCUGCUCUCGGCCCCCCUGAGGCUGCCAGAGGUAUAGGGAAAAGGUGCACUACCAGACCCCACCACAGGGGGCAUAGUAUAGACAGGAUGCACUACCAGACUCCACCACAGGGGGCAUAGCCAUUGCAUUUAGAGGAGUUUGAUUUUUGAUUUAACUAAAAUAAUACAACAAUAUAGAAAUACAUACUGUACGUCUAACAUUGAUUUAUUGUGAGGUUUAGCUACAAUGUUUCAUAGUGAAGUGAACCUUUUCCUCUUCCUUCUCCAGUGGUGGACCUCUCCUCCCCCCAGGACUCUACUGGGUGAGUAUGUUUAACUCUGGGUAUCAUACCUGGGUUGUUAGUGCGACUCUAGACCAUGGUAUCCCACUGAGCUAAAGUCUAGGCAUUACCGAAUUCUGAUGUGCACUUUGAAGAUGUUAGAAUAACUGUCCACAUUUACUUUUCCUCAGCCCAGAAGGCGAGUAACGAACAGCAAAAUCACUAGCCUAUGUCAAUCUACUAUCCCCCAUAGUAGAACAGUUUAACUAUUCUAUUGGUCAGCUUGUCGAGAAAGAAAUAGCCUAUUCCAAAUAGACUCUGGGACAGUUGUGGGAAGAUAGAUCCCAAAUUCAUACAUCAAGUAAAAAUAAUGGUUCUGAACGAUUGGAAAAUUAUUUUGGUUCCAAAUCCUGAUUAAAACGUUCAGGUUUCAAACAAUUAAGUAUAUGUUUUCAAAAUGCAUACUGCCUCCAGUGACGCGCUGAUGAAGCCGGCCUUCCGUUGCCUCAGCCUUUGCUGUUUGAGAUGCUGUAGUAGCAGCUCUCACGCUGUCCGACAGGUUUUCAGCUCAAAGGCUCUGUGUCUGUAUGCUGUACGCUUGUGAUAAAUAUAAUGCAUUACGAAUAUACUGUACACACGUGCCAAUUUAAUACCACUAAAUUAUGCAAAUUAACCUUUAGACCAAUAAGAAUGACCGGUCAAAUGUAUUUAGAUCGACUGGUAUUUCCACCAAUCAAGAGGCUAAAAAACAUGAUUUCACAAUGGGAUUUUUUCUUCUUACAUUUUAACAUUUUAGUAAUUUAGCAGACGCUCUUAUCAGAGCGGCUUACAGUUAGUGAGUGCAUACAUUUUUUUUUUCUUCCCAUACUGGCCCCCCUUCUUCUCCCGGACAAUUGGCCAGCAGUAAUUUUCUAUUGUUUUAUCGACCAAAAGCCGGCUAUUACCGGCUAUUACCGGUUAUUACCGGCUAUUACCGGCUAAGGGAAACCCUGACCUAUUCCCUAUAUUGUGCACUUAAUUCGACCAGAGUCCUGGUCCUGGUCAAAAGUAAUGAACUACAGUUGUAGUCGGAAGUUUACAUACACCUUAGCCAAAUACAUUUAAACUCAGUUUUUCACAAUUCCUGACAUUUAAUCCUAGUAAAAAUUCCUUGUUUUAGGUCAGUUAGGAUCACCACUUUAUUUUAAGAAUGUGAAAUGUCAGAAUAAUAGUAGAGAGAAUGAUUUAUUUAAGCUUUUAUUUCUUUCAUCACAUUCCUAGUGGGUCAGAAGUUUAUAUACACUCAAUCAGUAUUUGGUAGCAUUGCCUUUAAAUUGUUUAACUUGGAUCAAACGUUUCGGGUAGCCUUCCACAAGCUUCCCACAAUAAGUUGAGUGAAUUUUGGCCCAUUCCUUCUGACAGAGCUGGUGUAACUGAGUCAGGUUUGUAGGCCCCCUUGCUCGCACACGCUUUUUCAGUUCUGCCCACACAUUUUCUAUAGGAUUGAGGUCAGGGCUUUGUGAUGGCCACUCCAAUACCUUGACUUUGUUGUCCUCAAGCCAUUUUGCAACAACUUCCGAAGUAUGCUUGGGGUCAUUGUCUAUUUGGAAGACCCAUUUGCGACCAAGCUUUAACUUCCUGACGGAUGUCUUGAGAUGUUGCUUCAAUAUAUCCACCUAAUUUUCCUUCCUAAUGAAGCCAUCUAUUUAGUGAAGUGCACCAGUCCCUCCUGCAGCAAAGCACCCCCACAGCAUGAUGCUGCCACCCCCGUGCUUCACGGUUGGGAUGGUGUUCUUCGGCUUGCAAGCAUCCCCCUUUUUCCGACAAACAUAACGAUGGUCAUAAUGGCCAAACAGUUCUAUUUUUGUUUAAUCAGACCAGAGGACAUUUCUCCAAAAAGUACAAUCUUUGUCCCCAUGUGCAGUUGCAAGCUGUAGUCUGGCUUUUUAUUGGGGUUUUGGAGCAGUGGCCUCUUCCUUGCUGAGCAGCCUUUCAGGUUAUGUCGAUAUAGGACUUGUUUUACUGUGGAUAUACAUACUUUUGUACCUGAUUCCUCCAGCAUCUUCACAAGGUCCUUUGCUGUUGUUCUGGGAUUGAUUUGCACUUUUCGCACCAAAGUACGUUCAUCUCUAGGAGACAGAACGCGUCUCCUUCCUGAGCGGUAUGAUGGCUGCGUGGUCCCAUGGUGUUUAUACUUGCGUACUAUUGUUUGUACAGAUGAACGUGAUGCCUUCAGGCAUUUGGAAAUUGCUCCCAAGGAUGAACCAGACUUGUGGAGGUCUACAAUUAUUUUUCUGAGGUCUUGGCUGAUUUCUUUUGAUUUUCCCAUGAUGUCAAGCAAAGAGGCACUGAGUUUGAAGGUAGGCCUUGAAAUACAUCCACAGGUACACCUCCAAUUGACUCAAAUGAUGUCAAUUAGCCUAUCAGAAGCUUCUAAAGCCAUGACAUCAUUUUCUGAAAAUGUCCAAGCUGUUUUAAGGCACAGUCAACUUAGUGUAUGUAAACUUCUGACCCACUGGAAUUGUGAUAAAGUGAAUUAUAAGAGAAAUAAUCUGUCUGUAAACAAUUGUUGGAAAAAUUACUUGUGUCAUGCACAAAGUAGAUGUCCUAACCGACUUGCCAAAACUAAAAUUUGUUAACAAGAAAUGUGUGGAGUGGUUAAAAAACGAGUUUUAAUGACUCCAACCUAAUAUAGGGAAUAGGGUGCCAUUUAGGUUGCAUCCAUAAUGUUGUGGUGUUAUAAUGUUGCUAUAAUGGAUGUGUUUAGGUUGCUUCCAUAAUGUUGUGGUGUUAUAAUGUUGCUAUAAUGGAUGUGUUUAGGUUGCAUCCAUAAUGUUGUGGUGUUCUAAUGUUGCUAUAAUGGAUGUGUUUAGGUUGCAUCCAUAAUGUUGUGGUGUUAUAAUGUUGCUAUAAUGGAUGUGUUUAGGUUGCAUCCAUAAUGUUGUGGUGUUAUAAUGUUGCUAUAAUGGAUGUGUUUAGGUUGCAUCCAUAAUGUUGUGUUGUUAUAAUGUUGCUAUAAUGGAUGUGUUUAGGUUGCAUCCAUAAUGUUGUGGUGUUCUAAUGUUGCUAUAAUGGAUGUGUUUAGGUUGCAUCCAUAAUGUUGUGGUGUUAUAAUGUUGCUAUAAUGGAUGUGUUUAGGUUGCAUCCAUAAUGUUGUGGUGUUAUAAUGUUGCUAUAAUGGAUGUGUUUAGGUUGCAUCCAUAAUGUUGUGGUGUUAAUUAAUUAAAUUAAUUUAAUUAAUUAUAUGUGUUUUAAGGUUGCAUCCAUAAUGUUGUGGUGUUAUAAUGUUGCUAUAAUGGAUGUGUUUAGGUUGCAUCCAUAAUGUUGUGGUGUUAUAAUGUUGCUAAUGUUUUUCACCAUAGUCCCCUACCUCCUCUCCUUUCGUCCUCAGGUCCCCCUGUCCCUCUCUCUGGGUGGGGAACGUUACCGUGGACCUCACUGAGAAACACAUAUGGGACCUCUUCAAAACGUACAACCACCAUGCCCCAUUCCUAUCAGUUUUAGUUCUGUAUCUGCAUCUCUAUAUUUAUAUACAGUACCAGUCAAAAGUUUGGACACACCUACGCAUUCAAGGGUUUUUCUUUAUUUUUUAACUAUUUUCUACAUUGUAGAAUAAUAGUGAAGACAUCAAAACUAUGAAAUAACACAUAUAGAAUCAUGUAGUAACCAAAAACGUGUUAAACAAAUCAAAAUAUAUUUUAGAUUCUUCAACGUAGCCACCCUUUGCCUUGAUGACAGGUUUGCACACUCUUGGCAUUCUCUCAACCAGCUUCAUGAGGAAUGCUUUUCCAACAGUCUUGAGUUCCCACAUAUGCUGAGCACUUGUUGGCUGCUUUUCCUUCACUCUGCGGUCCAACUCAUCCCAAACCAUCUCAAUUGGGUUGAGGUUGGGUGAUUGUGGAGGCGAGGUAAUCUGAUGGAGCACUCCAUCACUCUCCUUCUUGGUCAAAUAGCCCUUACACAGCCUGGAGGUGUGUUGGGUCAUUGUCCUGUUGAAAAACAAAUGAUAGUCCCACUAAGCGCAAUCCAGAUGGGAUGGCGUAUCGCUGCAGAAAGCUGUGGUAGCCAUGCUGGUUAAGUGUGCCUUGAAUUCUAAAUAAAUCACUGACAGUGUCACCAGCAAAGCAACCCCACACCAUCACACCUCCUUCUCCAUGCUUCACGGUGGGAACCACACAUGCAGAGAUAAUCCGUUCACCUACUCUGCGUCAUGGCGGUUGGAACCAAAAAUCUCAAACUGGAACUCAUCAGACCAAAGGACAGAUUUCCACCGGUCUAAUGUCCAUUGCUCGUGUUUCUUGGCCCAAGCAAGUCUCUUCUUCGUACUGGUGUCCUUUAGUAGUGGUUUCUUUGCAGCAAUUCGACCGUGAAUUCGACCGUCUCCUCUGAACAGUUGAUGUUGAGAUGUGUUUUUUACUUGAACUCUGUGAAGCAUUUAUUUGGGCUGCAAUUUCUGAGGCUGGUAACUCUAAUGAACUUAUCCUCUGCAGCAGAUGUAACUCUGGGUCUUCCUUUCCUGUGGCGGUCCUUAUGAGAGCCAGUUUCAUCAUAGCGCUUGAUGGUUUUUGCGACUGCACUUGAAUAAACGUUUGAAGUUCUUGAAAUGUUCCGCAUUGACUGACCUUCAUGUCUUAAAGUAAUGAUGGACUGUCGUGUCUCUUUGCUUAUUUGAGCUGUUCUUGCCAUAAUAUGGACUUGGUCUUUUACCAAAUAGUCUUAAUAAUCUUCUGUAUACCACCCCUACCUUGUCACAACACAACUGAUUGGCUCAAACGCAUUAAGAAGGAAAUCAAUUCCACAAAUUAACUUUUUAAGAAGGCACACCGGUUAAUUGAAAUGCAUUCCAGGUGACUACCUCAUGAAGCUGGUUGAGAGAAUGACAAGAGUGUGCAAAGGUGUCAUCAAAGGGUGGCUACUUUGAGGAAUCUCAAAUAUAACAUAUAUUUUGAUUUGUUCAACACUUUUUUGAUUACUACAUGAUUCCAUAUGUGUUAUUUCAUAGUUUUGAUGUCUUCACUAUUAUUCUACAGUGUAGAAAAUUGUAAAAAUAAAGAGUAGGUGUGUCCAAACUUUUGACUGGUACUGUAUAUCUAUGUCCAUAUCCACUGCUUAGGCUUCUCUUGCUGUGAGUUUCUUUGUUCUUGUGUGGUGUGAUAAUCAUCAAGAAACAUAACAUUAAUGGUCACUCAAAAUGGCUGCCGGUCCACCAUUCUAAUACUAUGACAUUUAUCUCUGUUUGCUGAGUUGGAAUGGGAAUCAUUAUUAUUUUACAUUCUAAUUCUAUGUUCUGUACUGUAGGUGUGGGGAGAUAGAGAGUAUCAGAGUUCUACAUGAGAGAUUCUGUGCCUUCGUCAACUUCAAGAAUGCCAACAUGGCCGCUCUCGCCUUGGAGAGGCUCCAGGUGAGUGAUGGGAUGAAACAUAAUGCUGUCAAAAUGCCUUCAACUAUGUGAGAUGUGCUUUCAAUUCCUUAACUUGAACUUUAGGAGUUUGUACUUUUGGGACUAUGCUUUUGGUUCCAUUGUACUUUUAAGACACUUUUUAUUCAACCUUUAUUUAACCAGGCAAGUCAAUUAAGAAUAAAUAGUUAUUAACAAUGACAGCGAGGCUAAAGGCUCCUGUGGGACAAUCAAAUAAAAUGGAAGGCUAUUUAAAACAGGGCUGAAAAAAAACAAUCUAAUUAACAUGAUAAUAAAAAUCCCCAUGAAAAUCUGUCAGUUUAAGCUAGAGAUAUCAAUCCACUGCAUCCGCCGAUGUAACACUUCCGCAUGUGUGGUGUGGCGCAGUAGUCUAAGGCACUGCAUCGCAGUGCUAGCUGUGCCACUAGAGAUCCUGUUUCGAAUCCAGGCUCUGUCGUAGCCGGCCGCGACUGGGAGACCCAUGGGGCGGCGCGCAAUUGGCCCAGCGUCGUCCAGGGUAGGGGAGGGAAUGGCCUGCAGGGAUGUAGCUCAGUUGAUAGAGCAUGGCGUUUGCAAUGCCAGGGUUGUGGGUUCGAUUCCCACAGGGGGUAUGAAAAAAUUAAAUAAUGUAUGCACUAACUGUAAGUCGCUCUGGAUAAGAGCGUCUGCUAAAUGACUAAAAUGUCAAUGUAAAGGUGGCAGAGCUAGAGCGGUGUUUGUCAGACCAUGAGACAUCCCGAAAAUCGGUCUUCUCACAAAAACGUCUGUAUGACUAAACGUACAACACAGACCGACGACACUGGCAACAACACAAGUACAACAGCAAACAAACAGUGUGUGUGUGUGUGUGCAGGCUUGUGUGUGUGUGCAGGCUUGUGUGUAGUGUAAAACAACAGGCUUCCUUACACAAGGCAAUGUAAACUAGUGACAUGGGGUGACAACUAGAAACAGAUACAUGUCUCAACAACCUGUUAAUCUAUUUGUCCUUUGAACUCCUCCAGGGACAUCAAGUCCUGGAGUUUUAGGUUGGCUUGGAGAGAAUUCCAAGAACAGAGGGCUGAGAAAUUUUGGGGACUGUUUGCAUAAAACAAGAUUGAGAUCUGAUCUUGUAUGUGUUCUCAUUUUGAGCUAGAAUAGAGGAUAGAUAAAAUGGCAGUUUUCCUCAAAUGGCCUUCUGAAUAAGAAUGUACCAGUGUUUGAUCCUGCGUGUUGCUACUGAUGUCCACCUGACAGCACUGUAGAGAUCACAAUGGUGAGUUAGACGUCUCUGCAUGAUACAAAGAGUCAAGAGCCUUCAGUGUAGAGCUUGAGGCUUGCUCAUAAAUAGUAUCACCAUUGUCCAACACAGACAGAAAAGUACAACAAUUCAACUCCUUUCUGGCGGCAAAGGGGAAAAAAAAGUUGUUAUUGCUUCCAUUGUACUUUUGGGACAAUGCUAUUAGUCCCUUUGUGUGUAUUUGGACUGUGCCUGCUGUUUGUCCUCCUGUCCAGGGGGUGGAGCUGGAGAGCACCAGGCUGGUGAUCAGGUACCCAGACCACUGGAUGCAGAGAACCCCUCCCUCUCCUCAGAGGACCAACCCUAGAGGCCUCAACACCUCCUCAGCCUCCCAGUACGCCUCCACAGGGUAAGGACAUCUGUCUGUCUGUCAAAACAUAAAGUAUGAUUUAUAAACAUAUACAACAUUUAUAAUGGGUAAUUAUGAGUUAUUCUAAAGUGUCACCAUCUCAUAUCAACUUUGGAAAUGUACAAAAUGACAGACAAAUUGCAGACGGUGGGGGCAGGAGCACAGGCAUUCAGGUGCUUGUGUUUUCAUAAGGUUUGUCUCUAUCUCCCCCCCCCCCCCCCCCCCCUUCCCAGGCCCAGGAGGAUGGCUCCCAUCAAUGGUGAUGAGUGUUUCUUCUGGAGGACCACCGGCUGUCUCUAUGGUGACAAGUGUCACUUCAAACACAAGCCUGACCAGAGAGGAAGAGACAGGAAACCAUGGCAACCCUGACAACCCUGACCACCACGCAGUGACUGGAUAUGAGAGAGGGAGGAGAAUGAUGAAGAUUGAAGAAGAGGAUGAGGGACCGUGUCCCUACUUUAAAAGGGAACAGGAGGAUUGGGGGGGGGGGAUCACAGACAGUACACUGGACAUAUAGUAUGAGUUUGUGAAUUGUCAAUCAAGGUGAUUGAGGAGUGCACCUCUGAUUUCCUUCCCCCUCUGCCUCGCUGCGAAACAUGGAAAUGACAUCAUCAUUAGAACCUUGAACGGAUCUUUUCCCAGGCAACCGCCUCUAUGAUGACCAUGUUGAAGACACUAAGGGGGCUGACAUCUGUUGUUAUCAUGUGAUUUACUGUGUGUGUGUGUAUGUAUGGUCAUGUGACUGGACAUGUGACCUGCAUGUGUGACCCCUUGUGAUGUCACUGUGAGACACACUGCCAGCCUGAUGCCAUAGGGGGCCUAGUAAUUGCCCCUACAGGGGAUAAAUAAAUAACACUUUUUAAUUGAAUAUGGGGCAUGUUCCAGGCAUGACUACACAGCAGUCACCUGCCUGCUCUCACAACACCUGGAUAGGUGUUUGUUUAAGAUAUCAGCUAACCCAAUCAUGAUAUAGCAAUCUGAUGCCCGACUCCACAGUCUGGCACGCAAACAUUAGUCAGCCUGGAACGCCACCAGGGUCCAUGGGGUGUUCUAACAUCCACACUAGAGCACCUUAAAUGAAACAAGUAGUGUGCUACUGUGGAUAUUGGAACGAGGCCCAUAUCUUCAGUUCAGUGAAUUUAUACAUAUACACUGAGUAUACCAAACAU